CGCCGUAACGUCUCUUGAUCGUAUUGUAUAUGCGCGUGUUGCAAUGGCGCACGUGCAAAUGUGCACAUUCUAUAUAUUGCUACUGGUGCUGACCACGGCUCAGGGGUGUAGUAUAUCAGGAAACACAUUGACGGUCAGUGCGGGAACGUCAUGUACUCUGACGUCCAACGUUACCGUAAAUAUUGUCCAGGUGGACGGAACUAUGACCAUCUCUGGAGCGGUAACCAUCACAGCGGCCGAGAUUUACGUCGGAUACGACGGCUGGAUUAAAGCGGACGGACAAGGGAGCGCCGCUCAGCAAGGCACGGGAGCCGGGACGUCUCAGGGAUCCGGAGGUGGAUACGGUGGACGUGGUGGAUCAGUAGCUGGGUCUUUCCUAAGUAGUGCCACUCAAUCCAAGACCUAUGGCAGCACCUUCACUCCCACAGAUGUUGGCAGUGGUGGUGGCGGAUCUGGUGGAGGAAGUGGCGGUGGAUACGUGAAGCUCGUCGCUAGUACGAAAAUCGAGAUGGACGGUCUUAUCUCUGCCAAUGGCGAAGACGCCAGCAGCACCAACAGUGGUGGCGGAAGUGGAGGAAGUAUCCACAUCACCACAGCAUUCAUCCAGGGCGUAGGGACAAUCUGUGCCCGUGGGGGUGUCGGACUUGGGACCGGGGGCUCCGGAGGCGGCGGGCGUGUCGUGGUUCUCUCGGACAGUAGUGUCUUUUCUGGCUUUGUAUUAGCGGACGGAGGUGCAGGAGCUUCCGACAUUGCCAAGCUUAGUCUAAGCUCUUUGACGGCGACAUCGUAUUACUCCAGCUACUACGCGUCGUAUGGGAACAUCGACACCCACUCAUCCAAGUCCUGGGUCGCCAGCUCCAACACUGUGGGGCAAUACCUGGAGGUGACACUGACAAGCGCCAGUGUCGUCUACUCCAUAGAUACCAGAGGCGACUACGGUACCAACAAGUGGGUCACCAAAUACAAGCUCCAGUACUACAAUGACGCCCUCAGUUCCUGGAAAGAGAUGUCCUAUCCAUACCAAGGAAUCACCGGUAACACUAACAGGAACUCAAUCGUCUCCCAGACGCUGACAGUACCUAUCGUAACCUCUAAGCUGAGAUUCUACCCGCAGACUUGGUACCUUGGUAUCGGAAUGGCCGUGCGCAUAUACGGUCACAAAGCAGAUUAUAAUUUGCCCCCAGAGUUCUGUACAAGCAACACCAACGCUGGUGCAGGGGGGCCUGGCACUGUGUUUGUGGGACAGCCGGGCACUGGGAUUGCUAAACUGACCAUAGACAACAGGGGUAAGAACCCUAUGGUCAAGAUGGAUGCAGACUGUUUGGAGUUUGACGCAGGGACAUCAGGUGCUGCUGCUUGGGUCACUGACACAAGUGUGGACCUGGAUGAGAUUGUUUUAACCAAUGGCGGUCACCUCGUGCUGGACACAGAUUUGACCGUCGAGAUCAGUGGGGAUGACUACGGUGUGGUCCAUUUGAACGACACUAGAACCCUGACACUUGCAGCGGCUGUGACUGCCAAUAUGUACAUUUCAACCGGAGCUACGCUCAGACUGCCGUCUGGAAGUUCUGUGGACAUUCCAAAGUGGGUUUUUGUUAAGGGUACAUUGCUAUAUGACGCAUUAGCAGAAAUUACAAUUAGUGGUAACUUCUCUUUGGAGAGCCAGGAUAUUGAUGUGGGUUUACUCAAAAUCGACACAGACGCAUCAAUGGUCGUGAUUGGCAACAACACCUUUAAAGUUUCCACACCCAAAUUCCAGUCGUAUGGUAACUUCACUGCUGGAAUAGUGAACAUGACAGGUUUGGAAGAGUUCUACGUAGGGACGGCAGGAAAUGCAACAUUUGAACCAAUGACUAAUGAUAUGUACAUGGGUAAAAAAAUACAAGUACUUGGUGAGCUGAAUUUGCUGAAGCCAGUCUCUAUAACACAAGUUUGUGAAGAGUUUACCGUCAGUGGUGGAAAGAUUACAUGGCCCAAUGGAACUACCAUUAUAUUGGAAUGUGACGUCGUCACAAUCAAUGGAGAAUUUGAUGCAGGUAGUGUUAAUUUUAGAAAUGGAAUUGGAUCACUGGAAGUUGGACCUACAGGGAAAUUUUACCUCGAAUCCUACGGACCAGUUUUAACAAAUGCUUUAGAAGUUGCAGGUGAAAUGUUUGUGAGCAACGUUGUAGAAUUUAAAUCUUUCAACAGAACAGAUGAGAGAAUUGAACUUGUGAUUAUACAGCCCACCGGAAACCUCAAACUGAACAUGGACUCGCUCCCGAAGAUCGUCGGCGGAGCUCCGGUCAGUACCAACAACAGCCUUCUGAGAGCCCGGUACCUGUAUGUGAAUGGCAGUAUGAACGGUGACAUUCUAGACAUGUCACCUGGUAUUGACACCUUGUGGGUUGGGUCUGCGGGGAAUAUGGAAUUCACACCAUAUAUUAAUGAUCUGUUGCUGUCGGAUGCUUUUAUCGACGGAUCCUUUACUGCUAAAACACCAAUAGUCAUAAGGGGAAUAACUGUCUCAAAUGCCCAUGAACUUUAUGUCGGAGAAUCUGGUGUGUUUACUCUUGAUUCUACAGUUCAGUCUACGAAAUCGUGGACGGGCCCUUCCACGUUAGCUUUCACUAACCUGUAUGUGAGCGGUAAGCUAUAUGCUGGCCAAAUGAGGACACAUGUGGACUCGGUGACUAAUGGAUGGGACUAUUUAUUAGUCGGAACUGCAGGUGAUGUAAAAUUUACAUCUGAUAUUGGAUCGGAUUUUAUUUGUAAUACAGUUGAAGACAAUGGCAUUAUAGACGUCUACAAUACCAUUCAAAUGCAGGGCAAGACAUCCAUGUCCUUAAACCUGGUCGUCGGAAAUAAUGCCAGAUUUAAACUAGAUGCUGAUUCAUCGCAUCCCAACGGUCCAUUCAAUGGUGUGUCCAACAUCUCGGCCAACAUGUUUAGGACGAAGACGGGCAGUAACACUUACCUUGGUGACACCAACAUACACACAGUAUCACUAGAGCUCGACGGUACACUGUACUGUAUGCCCACCGCCUCUGUAGAUGUGACCUACCUGACUGUACAAUCCAACGGCCACGGCUUCUUCCCAACCGAUGUUGUGUUUAACGGAAAUACCAUGGACAUACAAAGUGGAGGCACAUUGGAGGUCGACUAUAAACUGGAACCAGAUGACCCACUCGAGGGAAACCCUAACAGUAACAUCAACUACCAGUCCGUAACUGUUGAUGGAACACUACAGGCAGGGUCCCUCAAGAUGUCCAGUACUUAUAUGACGGUGUCUGGAACUGUGGAUGUGUCCGAAGGUGGCUACAAGUCUGAACAGGGACCAGGUGCUGGACAAUCCUCCUCCAGUAGAGGGAGUGGAGGAAGCUAUGGUGCCAGGGGAGGUAAAUCUACACAUGCUUCUGCCUCGGAUUCCUACGGCACGAUCUAUACUACAGGUACCUGGGGAAGUGGUGGCGGAGACUCCAGUAGCUACAAGGGAGGGCGUGGUGGAGGAAGAAUUUUAAUCAAAGUGACCCAGACUUUCACCAUGAAUGCGACGGGUUCGAUGAGCUCCAACGGUGGUGAUCGUACGGGUAACUACGGUGGUGGUGGCAGUGGAGGGUCUAUCUCCAUCACCUGUAAGACACUGGACAUGCUUGGACAAAUGACUGUCAAUGGAGGUGCUGGCCACACGAGUGGCAGUGGAGGUGGUGCCGGUGGCAGGGUUUACGUUAAGUUUGAGACAGGAACAUACACCAGUGGUCUGGUCACAGCUAAAGGUGGAGUGGGUUAUGAGCCUGGAGGUCCAGGAAUGAUAUACUUUGAGGGAGACGAGUCUCGCAAUCUCAGAGUAGACAACAAAUGUCAAAAACCCACGGUUACAGAACCUACAGGCACCACAGCAGAGGCGUCUCAUUUUAACACAUAUAUAAAUACGGGUGCCAUUGCAUUCCUGUAUCCACCAUCGGAUGACUUUGUCUACGACUUCACGACUGUUGAGAUAUACGGAGGUGCCCACCUGACAACCAUUGGUAACAGGACCACUAUUAAGGCAAUCAAGGUUGUAGGAGAUGACACUGGCCAUUUCCAUAUUCCUCCCACCCAUACCUUAGAGCUAAUGGAAAGUACGGUUCAUCAACGAGCCAAUGUAAGCUACCUACCAUUCCUGUACAAGAAUGCCACCUGGAUAUUGCCGGACGCUACGUUGGAGUUUCGCGAAUCUCUGAAUGAAGUGACCCAGGGAAUCAGUUCAUCAGCCUGUUCUUCUUCCUACCUCAAUAGCAACACAAUAAAAAUCUGGGGUACAGUCGUCGGGGACAAGGCAAACAUCUUGGUGUCGUCAGGAGCAACCCUGUCGUUUGAGGACUCGGCUGAACGCAGCCUUAAGUUUUCCAAUGUCACGGUACAGAAAGAUGGAGUUCUAGACUUAACUGACACUACUGAUGAUGAGACUGAUUCUUGGAACUUUGAGGUGAAGAGACUUGGUCGUGUUGCACAGUUCCUGGUAGAGGGCGGUGGUGAGGUCAAUGCCAAGAACUUUCACUUGGAGACAAACAUUUUGAAAGUUGACAAGAAUGGUUUGAUCACUGCUGAGGGUUUGGGUCUGAGACAAGGUGAUGGAAUGGGUACAUCCCCUGCUGGAGGGGGUUAUGGUGGGCGUGGUGGAGCUUCAUCUGCAACAGCGUACUAUCCUGGCGAGACCUAUGGAUCCUACCUGGAGCCUCGGGCGUUUGGUAGCGGAUCCAGUGUAGCUUCAACCACCUACGGCCGUGGUGGUGGGAUUUUGGACUUAGUGGCGACCAAGAGUACGUGGAUAGAGGGAAUUAUUCAGGCCAAUGGUAAAGUCGGCUCAUCCUCUAUCCCCGGAGGCAGUGGGGGCAGUAUUAUGAUCACCACCGACUACUUAGAGGGCUCCGGGUCAGUCCAGGUCAAUGGAGCUAAUGGUGUGUCCUCGCGGGGGUCUGGUGGAGGAGGAAGGAUGGCUGUUUCUUACAAACGGAUUCAGUUUUGGCAUGGACAGCUUCAGGCUUAUGGUGGUACCGGAGGAGCUGGGAGUGGAGGAGCAGGGACAGUAUACCUGAAGGACACGUUGAUGACGGAUGGGAACACAACUCUUUACAUAGACAACAGUGCUAACACACCUCCCACCUCCACUGUGACUUCCACCUACACAUCCACCGUAUACAGUCGUGAUGCUGGCCGUACCUGGCUCAACACCACAGAAAAAUUUGAUAGGAUUACCCUCAUAGGCAACGCCCACCUGGCAGUCUACCCAGAUAUUAUCUACCCUGUUGAGAUGGCUUCCCUCCAAUAUGUGGGAGACCACACCGGAACUGUACACAUUGGACCAGGCCAGCGGCUUGUUGUGGAUCACUCUAACGACGGGGAAUUCCUAGUCAAUGUUUACGUAUAUGAGGGCGGCACCCUCAUUCUCCCUCCCACCUUCCAGUGUAACGACAUCAACAUCAUCGUCUGGGGUAUACUUGGUGUAGAAGAUGUGAUAGUGAGCAGUGGGUGCAAGUUGAAGCUUGGAUCGACAGGUACAACACGAACAGCAAUCACCCAGCCCGGCACUGUUGGCGAGUAUACGUUCACCUCCCUUACCGUGGCAGCAGAUGGAGAGGUCACGGUUACUGAUGACCUCACCAAUGACCAAAGUCAACUUAACAUCGUGGCCAACAAGCUUUGGGUACAGGGUGGUGGUCUGUUACAUGCUGUCAAACUCAACAUAGAUGCUGACACAAUGAUUGUGGAUGACCUUGGGCAGGUCACAGGAGAUGUUCACACCAAAACCUGUACUGUAGGUCAAGGUUACCAAGGCUACGGAGGAUCAGGUGCUGGGCACGGAGGCUCAGGAGGGCAUGGAAGGGGCCAAGCUCGGGUUGGUCUGCCCUAUGGAUCACUUUUUGAACCUGCUGACCUCGGUUGUCGUGGUGGCUCAGGAACAAGUGGCACAACAGGAGGAAGAGGUGGUGGCACCCUGUAUAUACGGGUGAACACCACUCUCCAGAACGACGGCACUAUCAGCUGUAACGGGGAGACUGCCACGAGCUAUGCUGCUGGUGGUGGUAGUGGAGGAUCUAUUCACAUGAAAGUCAACAACAUCAAGGGCUUCGGGGAGUUCCAGGUAAUAGGUGGAGAUGGCGAUGUAUACUCGUCCUACACAGGUGGAGCAGGAUCAGGAGGCCGUAUUGCUGUAUACUUAGCUGAGAACAAGACAUUCACCGGGAAGUUUGAUGCGUAUGGCGGUCUUGGUGGUAACAGUGUGGGCAAUGGCAGUCCAGGGACCAUCUUCUUCUUUCACACAGGGUACAGUCAUUCUACUUUGCUGCUGAAUAACAACAACAGAGGUCCAGACGAAAGCGAUGCUAUUGUUGAUUACAGUGACCUCAGUGAGGAUGAAGGUCGUGCCUGGUUCUUACCAGAACAUGGAAACCACAAAUAUGCACAAAACUCUGCCUUCCACUUCCAAGAGCUACAGAUCUAUGGUAAAGCCCACCUCGCCAUCCUCACUGAUCCUGUCAACACGAAUGCAACCAUCUACUUUGACAACAUGAUAGGUGACAGGACAGGGGUACUCCAUAUAGGGGACCAGCAGGAAAUGGACUUGGAGCGGCAGAAAAUUGAUCUGCCGUUCAGUGUCCACAUUUACAACGGCGGCCAUCUUGGAUUAGCGCCUGACACUCACGUUCAUGGUAUUGAUAUAUACAUGAAUGGUACCAUGUCGCACGUCAAGAACCUGACCAUCUAUCGCGAAGGAAAGGUAUGGUUGUAUAGGGACGGUAGAACGACAGGCAGUGAUCCCAGUAACUAUGUUUACGAGUGGGUACAUGUGAAAACUAACGGCUAUAUUCACAUGAUCACUGACAUUGUUUACCAAAUUGGUAUCAACUUCACCACGAUUGACCUACAGAUUGACGGAGGAGGACUUGUGAGAGGGACAUCUGUGUCCUACUUCUCCACUAACAUCACUGUUGAUGCUGGCGGUGUCCUGAGUGCCAAUGAACUUGGGUAUGAAAUGGCUAAUGGUUUCAGCACUGACAAUAGCGGUGCUGACCGUGUGGGAACCAACGGUAUCAUCAACCCUGGACGGGGAAUCACAGACUCUGUCAAAGGAAGUGGUGCUGGUCACGGAGGAAGUGGUGGGCGAGCGGAAAGUUCUAGUCAAGGAGGGGGAGAGCCGUAUGAUGAUGUGUAUGAACCUAGUCUUCCGGGGAGUGCUGGAGGAGGUGUACUUGGUGGUAAAGGAGGUGGGCGUCUUUGGUUCAAUGUCACUGAUACACUCUGGAUCGACGGUACUGUCUCUUCUAAUGGCGGGAAUGGGGCAAUAUCUGGCUCCUCUGUCAGUGGCGGAGGAAGUGGUGGCAGUAUCCUUAUCCAUACCUAUCGCAUUACUGGCUUUGGAACUGUGAAAGCUGCUGGUGGCGAAGGUUCUACGUACUCCAACCAUUAUAUCACUGACAGGACCGGAGGAGGGGGAGCUGGAGGGCGCAUAGCCAUGUAUUUCCACGUCAACACUACCUACAAUGAGUUCCGCUUCCUAGCUAAUGGUGGUCUGCCUGGCAGAGUUUGCGAUGACUGUGAAGCUGGUGGGCCAGGCACAAUCUUCGUCUUCCAUGAAGGUUAUGAACACCGAACGCUCAUCAUUGACAAUGAUGGUGCUCCAAGGCCAAGAACCCUGUAUGUCAACUGGGAUGACCCAACAAAAGAUGGUGGACGUGCCUGGAUUCUGCCACUGUCUGGAGAUCAUGACUUUGCAGGAAAUAGCUACAGAUAUAUGUUUGAGGAAUUACAGAUUGCUGGCAAUGGAGAUUUAGCAUUCUACCCACCACAAACAAAUCCUUCCUCAACUGUGUUCAUCCCUGGCCACGGAUCUGUGAACCUCAACUCAUACACCUCAGACAAUUAUAACAUGACCUUGUUCUUUAAAUACAUGAUAGGGGACAGGACAGGAGCAGUGCACCUGGGUGGGGGACAGGUAUUGGACCUGCACAGAGAGGAGAUCGACCUUCCAUUCAAUUGCUAUGUAUACAAUGGUGGCUAUCUAGGUCUGGCACCAAUGACCUAUGUUCAUGGAGUUGAAAUACAUCUAAAAGGUAUUCUUGCAAAUAUUGAAAAUAUAACAAUCCAUCAUGGUGGAUACCUGUGGCUGCAACAUGGCGGAAGAACCCUCAAUUCUUCUCUGAGUAAAUAUGUGUUUGACUUUGUUAGAAUACAAGACCAAGGUGUUUUGAAUGCCACUACAGAUCCUGUAACUGACCCUGGUAUUGAGUUUGACACGAGAGCUAUAAGUGUUGAAGGAGGUGGUGUUCUUCACGGAACAUACAUCACAUUCCAUACAGAAAACAUCACUGUUGAUGGUGGUGGGAAAAUCACUGCUGAAGGACUUGGAUACCAGGGACAGCAUACACAGGCCACUCAUGGUUCUCAGUCUUAUGGUGGCAGGCCAGUGAACUUAGGACUCCCUCAAGGCACAGGAGUAGGAGGCGGGCAUGGUGGCACAGGCGGUCAUGGAAAAACAACCGGACAAACAACAGGCUUUGCUUAUGGAAAUAUGUACGAACCAGAUGCCAUUGGAAGUUCUGGUGGUCCCGGUCCUCAGAGUCAUCGGGGUGGAACUGGAGGCGGAGUCAUUUGGAUGAAUGUGACAAAGAUGAUUGACAUUGAUGGAGAGGUAACUGCUAAUGGCGGUGAUGCAGAUUCCUUCGGUGGGGGUGGUGGUAGUGGAGGGAGCAUAUGGAUGUACUGUAACAUAAUCAGAGGCUUCGGCAAAAUCACUGCACAUGGGGGUCAAGGUUCUACAAAUUCUACUAGCACAGGCGGCGGGGGUGCUGGAGGUCGUAUAGCCAUUUACCUCAAGGUUAAUCUGACCAUGAUGAGCUUCAGUUAUGAAACCUUUGGAGGCCUUGCUGGGAAUGAAGUUGAUUCACAGAAUGGAGGAGGAGGGACAGUGUUUAUCUACCACAUGCUGGAGGACCACAGGACUUUACUCAUCGACAAUGGUGGUCGCAAGUGUAAUACCUAUAAUGUAAUCGCUGAUUACAGUGACCUCACAACAGACUCCUGUCGCACCUGGAUCACGCAAGAGUCUGGUACCCAUUCGUUCGCCAACCAAAAUAAUGAGUACCACUUUGAAGAGUUACAAAUGUAUAGAGAAGCUCACCUAGCAUUUCUGACUGACCCGGUCGGUGAGAAGAUAGAUGUGUUCUUCUUAUACAUGAUAGGAGAUCGGACUGGGACCGUGCAUCUUGGUCAGAACCAGGAGCUGGACUUGCUAAGGUAUGAGAUAGACCUACCUUUCAGUGCCAGAGUGUACACUGACGCCUACCUAGGUCUUGGUAACUUCACCAUCAUCCAUGAUGUGCACAUAUGGCUUGAGGGAACACUGGCCAACAUUUGGAAUGUUACCAUGCACCAACGAGGAAAACUGACACUUAAGUAUGGUGGACAUACCGAAAAUAAGCCGUCUAAUGAGUAUGAGUUUCAGUUUGUAAGAAUCCAGGAUGAUUCUUACAUUGAAUCGAUUAUGGACCCUGUCACUGAGCCUGGUAUUAUCUUUACUGCACAUGAAAGCAUAUAUAUUGAAGGAGGUGGUACAUUUAUGGGUACAAACAUCACUAUAUUGGCCUACAAUUUCACAAUUGAUGAUGGUGGAACCCUACAUGCUGACGGACGUGGUUACAGACCAACAGAUGCAACGACACAAGACUACAAUAUUGGAAAGGGUGUGGCAAGCGGGAACGGGGGUUCUGGUGGUGGUCAUGGUGGAACAGGUGGAUACGGUUCCGGUACGGCCCUGACUGGGCAGCCGUAUGGACACUUGUACCAGCCCUAUGCCAUUGGUAGUGCAGGGGGAGGCAGCAAUGGUGGAUCAGGAGGAGGUUUGCUAUGGCUUAAUAUCACUAACCGCAUUGAGGUGGAUGGAGAGAUGCGUGUGAAUGGCGGGGCAGCUGGUGCCGUCCAAGAUGGUGGCGGGUCAGGCGGCAGUAUUUGGAUGUACUGCUAUUUGUUCCGAGGUUUAGGCAACAUCACAGCCAAUGGAGGAGACCCUUAUCCCGUAACUGGUACAGGGGGAGCCGGAUCAGGGGGCAGGAUUGCUAUCUACUUCACCGUCAAUGAUACGUAUCUCGGUUCCUAUGACAACCAUGGUGGUGAGGUACAGGUAUCAUCAAGCGCUAACCCUGGAGGUCCUGGCACUACACUUCUGUACCACCAGGUACACGGACAUAUCACCCUGUAUGUCAACAAUGACGGACUGAUCAGCAAGAAAAGUGACUACAUCACAGACUACAAUGAUAUCAGUGAAGACAGCUGCAAGGCCUGGAUCAUGCCAAGUGCUGGAACGCAUGCGUUGGCCUUAGGCAACUUUGAUUACCGGUUUGAUGAGCUCGCUAUAUAUGGUUAUGCAAAUCUGGCCAUAUUACCUGAACCUGUGUCUAACGGAGCCAAUCUUCACUUUAUGAACAUGAUUGGAGACAGAACCGGCACUGUUCAUGUUGGUCCACAGCAGGUCAUGGAUCUGAAUCGCCAAUUUGUGGACACACCAUUUAACUCCUACGUGUACGAGCACGGGUACUUAGGACUCGCCCCAGACACCAAUAUUGAACAUGUUUUCGUUUAUCUGGAAGGAACCAUGGACCAUGUAAUCAAUCUGACUAUGAUUGGAGAUGCUCAGCUGCUUCUUCAACUGACUGGUUCAACCAAUAGCAGAGCUGCUCGUCAGUACCACAUCAAUGGAACAACCAUCAUUAAGGCAAGAGCCCUCGUCAACUGUUCCAAUCCACGGGCUAGCAGCGAUGAGUACCAUCUGGAGUUUAACUAUGUCCAGGUAGAAGGAGGUGGCGCCAUCACGGGUAGCUAUAUGUACAUUAAAGCCGAGGAUUUCAUCAUUGAUGAUGGUGGCAAUGUUUCUGUCAGCAACGGUGGCAACUCCCCAGAACAGGGAUCCGGCAAGGGGGAGUUACACAGACUUGGAUCUAGUGGGGCUUCUCACGGUGGCUUGGGAGGUCGUGGGGCUUGUGACAACUACAUGGCCUGUCGACUGAAACGGAACGAUCCAUAUGGGAGUCUUUAUCAACCUCUGGAAUAUGGUAGUGGAGGAGCUGGAAGUAAUGGCGGCUCAGGUGGAGGUCGUCUGAAGAUAGACGUGACUCAUACUCUGGCAGUAGAGGGCUACAUCAUAUCCAAUAGUGAGGAUGUGUCUGGUAAUCCGACAGACCUGUCCAGUGGUGGGAGUGGUGGCAGUAUCCUUAUCAACACUGUUAACUUCACAGGAAGCCACACAGGAAAGAUCAUGGCCAAGGGUGGUCGUGCCGAUAAGACAAAGGGAGGCGGCGGAUCAGGAGGAAGAAUAGCUCUGUAUCACUCCUCUAGUUUCAACAUACCACCUUAUCGUGGGUACUACCAUGUUCAGGGUGGAGCAGGCGACUCGGCCACCGGGUCAGAAUCCGGUGCCUCAGGGACAGUUUUCAUCCAAAACUCGACCUCUGGGCAUACUACGCUCCGAGUAGACAAUGCAGGCCAGACACAAGUACAGGAAGAGACCAGUAUCCAAAAUGAAGGGCAACGCCUUGAUCUAAGUUACUCUGGUGCAUACUCUAAGGGUACUUCGUUCACAUCAGUGGGGGGCCACACAGUGGCGUCCAGUGCUGCUACAUUCAACUACCACAGCCAUUACUGGUCGUCACACAACUCCUACUGUUACUACUCCAAUGAUGCCACGUCUUACUCCCUGAUGAACCUGUUUGAUCAGACGUUGGACAGUAACCGCUACCAGAGUUACCUCGCACAAGCCGGAUCAUUUACUCUGACCAUUACACUAGCCAGCACUCAAUUUGUAAAUCACAUCAAGAUCUUUCCAAGUAGCACCUACCCAUCAAAGUUCCAGGUGACUGGAUAUGACGGUGCUGGGAACUCCUACCCAGUGACCUCCACCCCCGUGACCUUGAGGAGCCCUGUGAUACAAGGCUCAUACCUGGUGCUCCCAUUGAUGCGACCAGCUACCAAAUUUGAAAUUGCAGUGACUGGUACUAACACGGGACUGUGUAACUCUUACGCUGGUCUGACUGAGGUUGAGAUCUUUACAGAUGGACAACAGUUAACUAACAGAUACGAUCACCUUGAUCUCAGUGGAGCCUCCACCUGGAUAUUUGAUGGCACUCAAACCUUCGACUUUGAUGUGGUACAGAUCUUGGGUAAUGCUCAUCUAGCAUUCAUGACUGAUCCAUUGUUCUCGUCUACUGUUUUGAAAAUUGGAGAGUUUCAUGGUGACAAAACAGGCUACAUCCAUGUUGGAUUCAGUCAGGAGAUGUACAUCAAUCAAUCAGACUCAGAUAUUCCAUUCAACACCCACGUGUAUGAGACUGGCUUUGCUUUAUUUCCUCCUCGGGCGUUCUUCUACAAGACACACCUGCAUACAUCAGGAGAGGUACAAGGUAUGGAGGAUAUCUAUGUAUUUGAUGGCGGUUCUGUGCGAGUAGACAGUAACGGCAGUAUUGGUGUGGCCACUCCUGCCCACAUAUCUGCCAACACACUACAUGUCCAGGACAAGGGAACAUUUGCCAUGAAGUCGUAUGAUGAGAACCACAUGUUCAAUGUCUUUAUCACCAACGUCACAAUUUAUGGUGGAGGAGAAUUCAAUGCCAACACAGGUGUAAAUUUCACCUCUCAUCAUCUGCUGGCUAUCUACUCCGGUGGUCUGAUCGACUUGUCUGCAGCCGGACAGCGUAGGCCGGACGGAGUAGGCGGCGGUACAGGCUCGACCUCGGGUGGCAGUGGUGGUGGUCAUGGUGGCAGUGGUGGCCGAGGUGCAUCACAGAGCACCACAGGUCAAGGACAUGGCUCUAUUUAUAGCCCCGACCAUUACGGCAGUGCUGGGGGCUAUGGAUACUAUGGUGCUUCUCUGUACUUUGGGGAUAAUGCUUUGCGCAAUGAUCUGGUGACUGGUGAUGUCGGAGGCAAAGGUGGUGGACUUUUGUACAUAAAAAGUCGCCAUGUCGAUAUUGAUGGUGAAAUACGUUCUAAUGGUGACAAGGCACACAGUACAUUUGGAUUGGGAGCAGGUGGAGGUGCAGGAGGAAGCAUAUGGAUUGUGUGUGACGAAAUUGUUGGUCAUGGUUUGAUGAACGCAAACGGAGGGAAUGGCCUGUCAUAUAACUCUGUCCACGGUGGUGGAGGAGGAGGAGGGCGUAUCUCUGUGCAGAGCGGCAACAUCAUCAAGAUGAACAUCACCAUGAAGGCAUAUGGAGGUACAAGUUCUGCAGAGACGGGUGGGGCUGGGACCAUAUAUGUUGAAACAUUUGACAAAGCUACUGGAAACAUCACCAACCGUGCCCUGUACAUCGACAACAAUGGCCAUGCCUAUCCAAAGGGAUAUCAGUUUAUUCAGGGCGAUCGACGAAACUUAAACGAUGGUAAUUACACCGACCGGACUGAAGCUGGCGGGAUCACCUGGCUGUACCAAGAUGUGGGGACCUACCAAUUCGACACGAUGUCCAUCAGUGGAAACGCCCAUGUUGCUAUCCUGUCGGUGCCCCCAGCUUCAGCAGUCAUUGACCUGGAUGUCAUUAGUGGCGAUAGGAGUGCUGUGCUGCAUUGUGGGGUAUAUCAGACGUGCAAGUUUUUGAAGUUGAACGAAUAUUUACCAUUCAACCUUCAGGCAUACAGAUUGAGUGUGAUAGAGGUUCCGGAGAAGAUUACGUUACGUGAGGUUUGGUCGGAGAUCAACGGGACAGUGAUUGGACUACAGGAUGUAGCGAUAGAAGAUAACGGAGAGCUGUACAUCUGGUCAUAUGUCAACACUCAGGGCUCGCCGCUCGGAACAUUCGCCGUCACCAACAUUUCUGUACGGGCCGGCGGAAAGUUUGAGCCACUGACCACCAAUAAUUCACAGAUCACCGUGGCAGCCACCAGGGUUAUAGUGAACGGCAAAGGCUAUAUCAGAACGAACAGCCUUCAGAUGAACGCCGUCAACAUCACUGUGGAUCUAUCAGGGGACUUCCAUGCAGACUACACCGGUUACUCCUCAGGCCAGGGUCCAGGUGUUGGACUCUCGGCCACAAACCACAAAGGGGGUUCCGGUGGAGGGCACGGAGGCAGGGGUGGACGGUCAUUAUAUGGCCACUUCUCUGGUGAAGCUUACGACUCCUUCAAAUUUCCCAUAGAUAUGGGUAGUGGAGGAGGUGCAGGGCUCCUCGGAGACCUAGGGGGCCGCGGGGGAGGUAUUAUUCAUCUGAAUGUGUCCGACGAGCUGAGAGUUGAAGGACGUCUCCACUCAAACGGAGAGAGUGGUGGUGGGUCUACGGCUGGAGGUGGAGCUGGUGGCUCUAUCUUCGUCAGUGUUGGACACCUUGACGGUGCUGGAAGUAUUGAGACCACAGGUGGUGCAGGAGCCUCUAUACAUGGAGGAGGGGGAGCUGGAGGGAGAAUCUCUAUAGAACACAGUCAAGAGAACCACUUCACAGGGGAGUACCUCAUCCAUGGUGGUUACGGCAACGAACAGUACGGAGGAUCUGGCACUGCCUAUCUCCAGGAUGCUAAAAACGCGACGCACCCUUACCGCAAAUUCAUCGUUGACAACAAUGGUCACACAAGCAGUGAACAAAUUUCUUCUGAGAUGUUGAGCCUAGUUUCCCCUUCCAGUAGCUCAAACCGAUUGUACAGCACAUACAGUGACAUUCUGGUGGAGUCGACUGGAAGUCCCUGCAACACUUCUCAUCCACUGUCAGGAGUUACCAACACAGGGCUGCCCUUCAUCAGCACAGCCAGGAACGUCAAUGUGACUUUCACCCUGCCACAUAAUCUGUACAUACAACAAGUCCGAGUGUACCCCUACUGUGACGACUCCUAUGGAAGAUACCGGAGUGAUUUCUGGGUCGUCAGUGAGCUGGGAGGAGUAGAGGUUGACCAUACUGGAAACUACAUCAGCAGUGAAGGCUGUCAGUAUCCCGAUGCGCCCCAAACAUUUGGUGAGGUGGACAUCUAUAGAAACGUCGACAAGGUGACCAUCAGAUUACAAAGUACAGACCAGCAGGCAUCCCUUGACCAGGUUGAGUUUGUUGUGAUUGAGAAUCCUGCAGCCAAUACUCAGACCCCGUACUCAAGAUACCAGGGAACUGCCUACAUACUCCACGAAACCGACAAUAUGGCUGUUUACGAGUUUGAGGAGAUCCAUGUGAAGGGAGGUGCUAGUCUGGCCAUGUCUGGUAGCCAAGCUCACUUAAUGGUUCAUCAAGUGAACGGGGAUAACUCAGGUCAAGUAAAAGUGAAACAGAACCAGACAAUGACCACCACACCAGACCGGGCACUGAUACAGUUUAGUAUUGAAACAGAACGGAAUUCCCACCUCACACUCCCACCUACCAUUGACUGCAGGGACAUUGAUUUUUACAUCAGAGGUGAUUUUGAUAGGAUGGAGAAUGUGACAUUAAACUCUGGCUGUAGAAUGUCUCUAGACCACUUUCAAGAAACCGUGAACCAGAUAGACAGCCUGGAUGUAAAGACUUUUGCCGAAUUAAAUGUUAUCACUGAUCUGGAGGCCCUGACUACACUGAAGGGGACCUCCCUCACUGUCAGGAGUGGUGCUAAGCUGUCCUCCAAUGACCUGGCCUUGUGGUAUACCAACAUCACAGUGGAACCGUACGGGGAGCUGACUGUAGCCGAAGCAGUACCAAAACAGGAACGCAACACUGGUAUCGGCAGCGGUCACUGUGGAGUUGCCUGUUCUGGUGGUGGUCAUGGUGGAAAUGGAGGUCAAGGUAAUGGUCAACAAGUUGUCGGAGCAAGUCACGGGUCUUUUGUGGCACCAACUGCGUUCGGUAAAGAUGGUGGCUACAACUCAUUCCCUCAAAAAGGAGGUAAAGGUGGCGGUCGAUUGUUCAUCAACGCUACACAUACUCUGACAGUAGACGGUACAAUAUCUGCCCACGGAGGUAACUGGAGCUCUGUGAGGAGUGGUGGCGGAUCUGGUGGCAGUAUCAUGGUAUUAACAUACACAAUGGAUGGUGAUGGCAAGUUUGAUGUUAGCGGUGGAAACGGCUACGAUGGAUCAUACACCACCCAAGGGGGUGGAGGAGGCGGAGGCAGGCUGGCUUGGUACUACCAACACAACUUCUUCGUUGGAACCUUCCAAGGUUUUGGUGGUACUGGUGGUUACGAAAAUGGUGGCCCUGGAACAAUCUACGCACACAAAAUGCCCGACUUUGAACAACCCUUCUCCUCGUUUACAUCCAACAGAACACUAUACCUAGACAACAACAACAGGAUACCACUUGACCCUUUCCGCAAUCUCACCAGUUCCUACAGUAAUUACACCUUAGGUAGUGCUGUAGCCUGGCUUCUCCCGUCAGACUACCCCGAAUUUGUUAACGAAACCAAAAACAGUACACAAAUUGUCCUUGAAGAGCUCCAUCUGUAUCGUGGAGCUCAGAUGGCUUUCCUGAUGCCCGACGAUCCUUAUGGCUUUAUUGACAUCAGUAUUGGGAUCAUCGAAGGGGACCGAUCAGGCCAUCUACACGUUGGUUUUAACCAGUCACAGUACAUCGCCAGUGGCAAGCUCCCCAAUGACCUUUCUAUCUAUCAAGGAGGGAGCAUAACUCUGAAAGGAGAGCUCCGGGCCGCCGGUGUGACCAUCAGUAUUGAGGGUGUUAUCAAUAAUGUGGAGAACUUGACAGUUGUGGAUGGAGGUAUCUUGAAAAUUUUUGAGAUGAGAGAUAUAUUUAAUGUGCGUCACGAUCAGCUGGUAUUCAACACUCUGAGUGUCCGCAAUAAUGGCAGUAUGUUUACGCAGAACGGCGAUGAUUCCCAUAACUUGAUCGGUCAUACCCUGCGUGUGUACCCUGGAGGGUUGUUGGAGUCCAAGAAACUCUAUGUGGAGGCAAACACAAUCAUCAUUGAUGUACUGGGUACAAUUAGUUCAAACUACAAAGGCCACUGUUCUGGAGGUACUGGGCAAGGAGUUACUGCUGCUGGUAUUGGGUUAGGAGGCAGUUACGGAGGAGAGGGUGGAUCAGAAAAUGAGGAUCACACACCUGCCACAGGUUAUGGCUUUUUCAAUUUUCCAAACGAGUACGGCAGCUCGGGAGGAACUGGUACCAACCUUGCUGGUAAUUCUGUGGCUGGUGGCUGUGGUGGAGGAAUCCUCCAUUUCCAUUUGAGCACAAAGUUACAAGUUGAUGGUAACUUAACCGCCAAUGGACAGUCAGCUGACGCCACCUACGCCGGGGGUGGUUCUGGUGGCAGUAUAUACAUCAACACUACCGAGUUUGAUGGCACCGGGACAAUCGAGGUUAAAGGUGGAGCAGCGAGAAACGGAGGUGGAGGAGGCCGUGUGGCCAUCGUCUUCGAAGAGGACAACUUCAUCGGCGACAUUACAUCUACAGGAGGACUGGGAGGUGGAGAGAUGGGAGCAUCUGGCACUGUGUACACACGCGACACUGUUACCAGUUCUGGUGCAGAAUACAAACGUCUACAGAUCUACAAUCAGCAAGGCAAUGGGGACAGCAAAUCGAGAAUCUCAAUUUCCGAAAUCCAAAUCCCUGACCAAGAGCUGAAUUUGCUUGACUUGGGCCAGUAUGCACAAGUUGGUUUCCUGGCCGUAGACUCGGAUGGUAUGCCUGUUGUCGGGGAAAGGAUGCAGAACUUGACUCAAGUGGGCGGUGAUCACACUGCUGUUGUCCACAUAGAGCCGGGCUAUAAUUUAAACAUCAUCUUCAAUGAGUCGGCCAUCCUCUCAUUUGAUGUCACAUUGUAUGAGAAUGCCACUGUGAACCUGCCCUAUGAGACAUUCCUGCUCGACUGUCGUAUCACCCUAUAUGGAGGAGUACUACAGGGCGUAGAGAAGCUGAAUAUCUCCAUGGAGGGUACUUUCUCGAUCUACCCGCCUGCUCAGCUUGCAUAUUCUCACACAGUUGAGCUCAACAGCAUUGUUAUCCAAGAUGGAGGGUUAUUCAAUUUCUUAGGCAAUGCUGAAAAUAAUUCGGUGCUACAAGUUAAACUGGACGGGGGACUUCACAUCCAAGGAGGAGGUGAAAUGCAGGCCAACAACCUACACCUGGAAGCUGUAAACAUCACCAUAGAUGCAGAUGGUAUUGUCAACAGUAGUGGCAGAGGUUACUCAGCAGGUAACGGUGAUGCUUCAGGCAUACACAGUCUGACUGGAGGGUCCGGCGCCUCCCAUGGAGGUCUCGGUGGCAUUGGGGCAGGAACAACGUAUGCAAGUACGGCAUAUGGUGAUAUGGUUUUGCCAGUUAACUAUGGCAGCGGUGGUUCUGUGUCACCAACUGGUGAUGGUCGAGCUCUUGGUGGUGGCAUUAUCCACCUAAAGGCACAAAACCUCAUGGAAAUUGAUGGAUCGGUGACGGCUAACGGCAUGGACGCCGAGAGUGGUAGUCAAGGAGGUGGAGCGGGAGGCAGUAUACUGCUGGAAUCUCUACACUUCUUGGGAACUGGCACCAUUUCUGCAAAUGGAGGUGCAGGUGGAGUGGUACCUAACUGUAACAGCUACGACAGUGAGCGGCGAUGCCUACAAUGUAACUCCGGUUAUUUCUGGGUCGCGUACAAUUGUGUGGCAGACUGUCAGAACCAAAACAGUCGCUGCUGUGAUGCGACUACCUUUGUUGCCAACUGUGUUGCUGCCGGCAACAGCCAGGGAGACUGCAGCGGGAAUUGUCAGAGUGCAUUCUCACUUGGGAACACUACCUUCCUGGCUUACUGUGAUGAUGUUGGCAGGACAUGCACUGGUGAAACCAAUGUUCUACCAAAGAAAUCUGGAGGUGGAGCUGGUGGUGGCAGAGUUGCAGUUCAUGCAAAUGACAGCUAUGCCUUCCGUGGUAAUUAUGAGACCUUUGGAGGGAAGAGUGGAGCGGAAAAUGGUGGAUCUGGUACUGUCUACUUCAGACAGCCAGCCUCAACAGGUGGCUAUGAGGACACCCUCAGAAUAGAUAACGACGGUUCAAAGCCGAGCAACACCUUCAUCACUAACGCAGAUCAGGACAGCGGAAAGACAUAUGUAACCAUGGCAAGUCCCGCUUCAGAGCUUUUUAUUCACAAUGUCCUGAUUUACGGAUCUGCACAUCUUGUCUUUAAGAAUACCACACUGGCUGGAGCAAUCCCUGUGAGAAUAGGUAAUCUUCAGGGUGACAAGACAGGCUUGCUUCACUGCUUGGCAGACAUACCAGAAACGAAAGUCGAUGACAGCGAAAGCCCAUUUCCAGCAUCCUUUGCCAUAUAUGAAAAUGCUGACUUGGCAUUGCCUGCGGAGGUACACCUCAUCCGACUGGAGUACACAACAAUAAAGCUGGAUGGUACUAUCAGUGGGGCCAAUAACUUCCACAUCGGUCAGGAUGUCAACGUCCUUGUCGGUGAACAUGGUAAAACCAGUGGAAGUGCAGACAGGGAGUUUCAUUUUGAUACCCUGCAAGUGUAUGCUGAUGGUAAAAUGUCAUCUGACUUCAUAAAUGAAUACAUUCCUUCCUUGGUUCUCAAUUUGACCGGUCUUCUGCGGCUUCAUGCAGGCGGGAGGAUUGAGGCUCCAUGGCUGGAAGUAACAACAGACAGGGCACAGGUUGACCCUGCGGGGGUCAUUGACACCACACUACGAAAUGUCAAAACAGCCAUGGACAGUCAGGAUGGAAUUAAUGCUCCUACAGGCGGUGGAUCUGGUGGUGGAGGCGGUGCUUCCGGAGGACAAGGGACAAACCAGACUGUUGUCGGAACUUCUCCGUCCUAUGGUGAUAUGUACUAUCCCAAAGAGUUUGGUGGCACUGGUGGAGAUGGUGGUGGCUCUAAUCUCAAUCUCGGCUGUGUACCAAACGAUGAACAUACUGGCGGCAAUGGCGGUGGAAUUGUCCAGAUGACCAUCACCAACGACUUUGUGCUGGAUGGUGAGAUCUUGUGUAAGGGGUCAUCAGGAUCCGGGCCUAGAGGAGGUGGUGGAGGUGGUGGUAGUAUAUUAAUCAAAACCAAUCAGAUGACUGGAAUAGGACUCCUCAGUGUGGAGGGUGGCAGCGUGGCCAGUGGCAUCAACUCCUGUCAUGGUGGUGGUGGCGGUGGUGGACGUAUCGCCAUUCACUACAACGGCACUUUUGACUUCAAUGGGGAAACCCACUCUCACGGUGGAAGUGGUGGAUUGGAGUGUGGCGGUGCUGGAACUGUGCUCCUCAGGGACACUUUCACAGCGUCAGAUGUCCUAAAGAUUGAUAACAAAGCGGUGUGCACACCUCUUGAUGCCUCUAUUGACUUUAGCCUGUUGUCCGACACGAGACGUGGAGAACACAGCUGUCAGACAUGGCUAUUUGACCACACAUCUCCCGUUAGUCACAUGCACAACUUCAGUGAGGUCUCCAUCAGUGGAAAGGCACAACUUGCGGUCUACCGACGCAACGUUGACACCUUCACGCAGUAUGUCACCAUUACCAAAGGCACGGGCGACAAAACUGGCACAUUCCACGUCGGUAAUCUGCAGGUCUUUUCAGCUACACUACAUGUUGAUAGCCCUGAACUGGAUUUUAGUAUGCAAAUUUAUCAAGGUGGUACUAUGAAGGCUGAGGAAGUGUUACUUGUAUAUGGUAUCACCAUGGAACUCCAGGGAACAUUGGAAGGGGCAGAACAUCUUGUGAUUGGGCCUGGUGGACAGAUCAUUCUCAGGCCCUAUACCAACACCAGCGUGUCCACCACAGUUACCAAUGAAAUCACGUUCCAAAGCAUAACAAUACAGGGAGGCGGAAUACUGAAAAUUAACAGUGAGGCUCAGGGCAUGGUCCUCAUUGGAAACACAUUCCACGUAGAGAGUGGUGGAAUUAUGGAUGCAGAUAAAAUAGAACUCCGAGUUGACAACCUCAUCAUAGAUGACUCCGGUGUCAUGCGGACUGAUAAGAAUGCACCUGUUGGGGUUGACGGGGACGGAGCAGGAAAGGAUGGUAGCGGUGCUGGCCACGGUGGUAUGGGCGGAACUGGCACGAUUGCUAGUGCUGGAGGAUUGUUCUACGGAGCCUUAAAAACGCCCCAGUCUUUUGGCAGCAGUGGUGUAACAAAUACAAGCGUGCAGACAUAUGGAGGAGGGGUUAUCAAAAUACAGGCUUCCAACUACACCGCCAUUGAUGGUACUAUCAGCUGUGAUGGUGAGGCAGGCAAGUCUGGUGCUGGAGGUGCCAGCGGAGGAUCCCUGAUCUUGGUAACGAACCAUCUCUCUGGUUCUGGCAUCCUACAGGCCAACGGCGGAGAUGGUGACACGGUCAGUGGAGGAGGUGGUGGCGGUAGAGUCUCUCUAACCUACACCAUGUCUGAGUACACUGGAAAACACCUGGCUUACGGAGGCCGAGCAGCCAAUGGAGAUGGAGGGGCAGGAACAGUUUAUGUAGAGGGCGCUGGCAAGAAGAUGCUCUACAUCGACAACAAGACACCCAGUACCAAUAUAAAGUCUUCAAUCUCAAGCAUGGACAUAACCUCCGUCACUGCCGAUGACGCUAGCCGUACCUGGGUGCCCUUUGACACAGCCACCAUUACCCUAGACGAACUCCAUAUUCUGAACGGUGCCCAUAUGGCCUUGGAGCCAAGUGCAACUACUACAACACACGCGUUGACCAUCCAGAAUGUCUACGGUGAAGACUUCAUCAAUAACCCAGAUAACAAGGGAACACUCCACGUGGGCCAUCACCAGUCAGUGUCAAUCAGUCAGACCUAUCUCUAUCUACCGUUCAAUGGACAUGUGUAUUUUGAAGGUGUUCUGCAGUUACCGUCUAAUGUGAAGAUGUACAAGAGCAAUUUCGUCUUUGAAGGAAUACUGUCCGGUGUUUCUACCUGGGACCUGAUCAAUACCAACGUAGAGCUAAAGGGAACCAGUAAAACACAGAACACGCUGACCCCCGCCUCCUUUACGAUCACGUCCCUGAACGUACUCGCAGGCAGUACACUAACAAUGAGAGACAACAACACGAACUACAAACUCGAACUCAACACCCUCUUCAUUGGGGCAACUGGUACCAUUCUUGGUAGGAAACUGGAGAUCCAAGCAUCUGCUAGUUUUGAGACAGAAGAUGGUGCAACUAUUGACCUCGACGGCCAGGGAUCCUCUGUAUCAAGCUCAGUGUCUGACAGUUUAGGAACAAGUCACGGAGGCCAAGGAGGCAAAGGACCAAGUGACACAGUGUGUGACCCGACAAAUGAUGACAUGCGGAGUCCGGCACUGCCUGGUACAGGUAACUCGAGGGCUGCAGGCGGUGGAAUCCUCAAGAUCUCUACUGCAACCCUCACCAAUGCUGGCACCAUUACUGCAAAUGGACAAGAUGCAAAUACUACAGGCUACGGUGGUGCAGCUGGUGGCAGUAUCGACAUUACCUGUACAUCCAUACAGAAUUCAGGUAUCAUCCGAUCUGAUGGUGGACUGUCCGGUGGAGGUGCAGGCGGAGGUGGUGGCGGUCUCAUCGCUAUAACGUACACUACCACUAUGAACCUUGGUGACGGGGUUACAGCCUACGGUGGCGACGGACACCAGCGAGGGGCUGCCGGAAUCCUCUACCUCAACUUUGAUAAUGCUUUUUCUCCAAGCACAACUGCAAUCAUCAAGAACAGUGGAGAGACAGAUGUAGUAUCCCAGCUUACCGUACCAGAAAAUACCCUCGUUCUAGAGCUGGAUACAAUCGAGGUCCAAUCAAAAUGCGUGUAUGGUUUACAGGCCAGGGUAUCCACGGAUAUCCUAAAGGCCAGAGUUGGUGACAUCAUAAGUGUACCAGGCUCUACUUUGGUAGUGGAGGAAUACACUGAAUUUUACUACGCCACCAAAUCGGCCAACAAUAGAAACCUCGUUAUUCUACCCAACAAUAUUGAUGUGAAGGAGAGAGCCCAGAUAGAGCUGCCCGAGACCACUAUAGUGGAAAGAGAUGUCACCUUUGAUUUGUGUGGUGCCUUCCUUCUCAAUACCAAGAACCUUAACAUCAAAGAUGGUGGUACGCUAAAGAUGGCAUUCCCUGGUACAUCAGGAACGAACCUGGCUCCGUCACAGAGCGUAUUGCUGUUAGAUUCAUUGUCUGUGGACUUCGGUGGAGAUAUACAACGUUCCACCAAAUGCGAAGGAUCAUCUGGAAGUAAGAAAACCACUGUACAGAUUACUGACUACAAUGUAGUUUCAACCUUCACGAUUCCUUCAUCCUCGUACAGUCUUCAGAACGGAUAUACAACAUCGUACAUUAGCCAAACCGACAAUCUCACCUGCACUGGUGAUGUGUAUAUUCCCCGGACCAAGGAAUGCAAUCUGGCUGCCAUUGGUCACACUUUCACCUCCAUUACAAUAGAGGCUGGUGGAAAGUUGAAUAUCGUUGGUGAUCCUGAUGGGGUCAACAUGACUACCAUCAACACUGGUAGUUUGGAAAUCAAACUUGGAGGCGAGAUCAAUGGUGUUGGGGCAGGUUACCAAACGUCUGGUCCUGGUGCGGCAUCCUCCUCUUCAAAUGGAGCUACACAUGGUGGUACAGGAAAGAGCAGCACCGCAGAUCCCUAUGGAAAUGUUAUUUCACCCAGAACUCACGGAAGUAAUGGAUAUGGGGCGUCAUCUUCAACAAAGCGUGGUGGUGGACAGGUAGAAAUCACUGUAUCUGGCAAUAUGAUUGUCGAUGGUGACAUAAAGAUGGAUGGCCAGGACGGUGCCAGCGGAGGCAGUAUCAUCCUGAACGGGCAAACACUGUCUGGGAAUGGUGUCAUACAGGCCAAUGGAGGAGUUCGUGGCGGUGGCGGGCGUGUAGCCAUUACUACCUCGAACACAUACACAUUUGAGGGGACAGUCACAGCUUCAGGAGGAGAUACAGAUGCCAGUCCAGGAACUGUGUAUUUGGUGAAACCCUUGACCGGUGGUCAGACAGGAAAAGAGUUGACCAUCAGUGGUGGAGGAACUACACGACUGGUCGAUGCUAAUGGUGUAUCCAGCACUACAUUUACCAAGCUGACGGUAGACAGCGGUAACACUCUAUCAGUAGAGACAACUCUGACGGCCACUGAGCUGCUCGGAGACGGCACAGCAACAGUACACAUAACCACUGGGAAGACCUUCACCGUCACCAAAUUCCUUGAUGACUUGACCGGGAGUCAAUGUGGAUUCAUCAUCGAUGCAACAGCUACACUGACGGCCACCGCUGACUUGUACGUGACUGGUGACAGUCCGGAGUUGGUUGUGAGGGGAACACUUGCAUCUUCUACAUUAACUAUAGGGAAAAACGGAGCAUUUACGCUGUAUGAUACUGGUGUAAUGCAGUUAUCCUCUCUUGUUCUCAAGGAAUAUGCCACAGGUGAAAUCAAAGCAGGAGGAAAUCUUAAUCCAGUCGCAAGUUCUCUGACGUUGCUAAGACUUGGCUACAACUCCUCCAUGACAUACAAUGAGAACUCGAUAAAUAUCCAGGCAGAUGAUUUGGAAAUGUAUCCCCAAUCCAGGCUGUACUUAGCAAUGGACACCAAACAAUUUACCUUUAAUGGUAAUAAUUUCAAAAUGGAGGAUGGCUCAGGGAUAUCUGUUUCUGGAGGAGGAUCAACUACAGGUCAAGGUGCUGGUAGUUCAACCAAGGGAGCUAGUCAUGGUGGCGAAGGAGGAAGUAACCCAAAUAUUCAGUAUGGAAAUGUUGUACAGCCAACAGUAGAAGGAAGUGGCUGUUCUACUAACAGAGGAGGUGGCAUCAUAACUAUAAAUGCCUCAGCCACAGUGACAAUUGAUGGAACAUUGGAAGCAAACGGUGAUGUGGGUACAACAGAAGGUGGCGCCAGUGGUGGUAGUAUAUACAUCAAAGCCAAUUCCCUUGAAGGUCAUGGAGUCAUCAGCACCAAUGGUGGCAUCAGUGCCACACAGGGUGGUGGCGGCGGUGGGAGGAUUGCCAUUGUUGCAAACUCCAUCACAUACUUCCACGGAAAAGCCAUAAGCAGUGGCGGUGAAGGAGGAACUGAACAUGGUGGAGCUGGAACAGUUUAUUCAGAGUACACCAAGUCUGGUAGCGCCAGGAAGAAAACUGUCAGUAUCGACAACAAUGGCCUUCAGACGCUCCGACAAACAUGGAUAAGCGGUAUCACCACAACACUUUCAGAGCUGAUCCUGAAAGGUAAAGCUUUGACCUCCUUUGUUUCCACCAUCACAAGUGUCACAAUUGAGAUCAUAGGGGGCGAUUACUCAGGCACUUUGUUUGUCGACUCGAAUCAAGACUUUGACAUAGCGACUGCCUAUGGUACACAGUAUCCAUAUGCUCUUGAGUGUAGACUUGUUGUUGAAGGAAUUGCCAAACUGCCAGCAAAACUGUUAAUAAAGGAUGAUGACUCUGAGGAUAGCAAUAUAAAUUUCCUUGUCCAAGGAACCGUCAUUAAUCUGCGGAACCUCAUUGUUGGAUCAGGAGGGAAGGCAAGCUUUUCGUCGACCAGUCGAAGUGGAUUGUCAUCUGCCAGUGUUGGUGUGGCUUCUAAGUUAUCCCUGACAACUCUGGAUGUAACUACCAAUGGUGUGCUAAUUGUUGGUGUUGAUUCCACAAAUACAUUCACACUAUCUGUACUCCUUGACCUUAACAUCAAAUAUGGUGGCACCUUAUUAGGAAAGUACCUGUCUGUUGAAGCCCGUAACCUGCAAGUUGCCUUUGAUGGCACAAUCAGCACAGAUGGACAAGGCGCAUUGGCUGAAGUAGGGGCAGGAGCAGGAUCUGAUGGUUCAGGGGCAAGCUACGGUGGUACAGGUGGAAAUUCAAGCUCACUAGCUUCACCUGUUUCAGAGUCUUAUGGAAAUGUGUUCACUGCAGGAGACAUAGGAUCUGGUGGUGGUAACACUAGUUCUGGUGGUGUAGGUGGGCAAGGAGGUGGUCAGCUAUCUAUUGCUGUUACAAACCAGUUCACUAUAAAUGGAAAUGUCUCUGUCAAUGGCAUGGCUGGUGCAGAUGGGGGAGGAGGAGGUAGUGGUGGUUCUCUUGUUAUCAGUUCCAAUAAUCUGAUUGGAAAUGGUGUUUUGUCUGUACAAGGAGGCGGCUCCAACUCCUCAGGAGGUGGUGGAGGUGGAGGGGGACGAGUCUUCCUCGACAUCACUGGAGAUUACAACUUCACCGGAGAAUAUAGGCUUCAGGGAGGCAAUGCCUCCACAGGGGGUCACGGUGGAGGUUCUGGUACUGCCUACAUCAAAACUAUAAAAAGUAGCCUCCAAUUUCUUCACCUAAUGGCUGACAACUCUGGUGUGACAGGAGACGAAUUGUCAGGAACCAUCAUUGACAUCACAGGAAGCUCGGAGGUCAGAGUCGACCAACUGACCGUAGGAGAUGAUGUGCUACUUCAUGUGACCACGGCGAACCUCCAUCUCAUAGCAAAGGAACUUGUGUGUGGAACGAGAAGUACACUUAAGAUUGAUGAUGACGUCGUAUUCACUGCAGAUCAGGACAAGACAUACACCCAGCUCACAUGCAGUCUUGUUCUGACAGAGCAGGGUGAGGCCAGAUUACCGCCCACAACAGAAUUCAAUGGGCCAAGCAAUGUAUUUGAUGGAACACUCACAAACAUCUUCAAUAUAAUCAUUGCCUCUUAUCAAACUGCAAGUUUCUCAGCGAAGACAAAAACAGCCAGUUAUUCAAAUGGUGCCUAUUUGUACAUCAAUGACCCUGGAGCCUACCGAUUCAGUUCUCUCAUCAUUAAAAGCUAUGGGACAGGGAUCUUCCCAAUGACUGGCAAGAGACUGUUGCUGAGCACAGUGGAAAUACACUACAGAGGGGUGCUUUAUGGUGAAAACCUUGACUUAGAGAGCAAUAACAUUGAGAUCAAUCCAGGAGGAAUGAUUGACUUGAGUGGUGGAGGAUCAGGAGCAGAUCAAGGUUCAGGAGCAGGAUCAAGUGGUUCUGGUGGAGGUCAUGGUGCUGAAGGAGGUUCCAUAUCCUCGUCUGUCCCAGGAGGUGCUGCAUAUGGCCUUGUGCGUUCGGUAAAUGAAACCGGAAGUGGGGGAGGUAGCAGCACUGCUGGUGGAGUUGGUGGGAGCGGUGGAGGUCUACUCACUCUUCUUGUACAGGAUACCCUCAUUAAUGAAGGAUCAAUUCGUGCUAAUGGUAAUCAAGGAAAUGGUACGGAUGCUGGUGGAGGCAGUGGUGGGACACUGUAUAUUCAAUCCAAAUACCUGACUGGUCAUGGUACCAUGACGGCUAAUGGAGGUGCAGGCAGCGGACAGGGAGGAGGAGGUGCAGGUGGACGGGUAGUCAUCAUACUGACACAAGAGUACACGUUUGAUGGUACGAUGAUGGCUUACGGAGCUGGCAACGAUGACAACUUUAACACAGUGAAGGCUGGCCCUGGCACUGUAUUUAUCUAUGAUGGUACGACUACCCUAUCAAGUCCUAAUCGCAGAUUGAUGGUGACAGGAGAUACAACCGACCCGCUACAAAAACAGACAAGGACUAAGGUCCAGGGUGAUUCAGCCGACCAUUACAUCUUUGAUGAAAUGACUCUCAGUGGCUAUGCCAACUGUGAGUUCGGAUCAACCUCUACAGUCCUGAGUGUGAAGAAGUUUUAUGGAGACAAGACCGGCUGGCUUUUUGUUGAAGAGGAACAGGUGUUAAAGGCAGAGUACAUAGAGGGAGUAGAAACAAGUCUGGUAUUAAUCAUUAACAUGGACAUCGGGGAAAAUGCUACGCUUCACGCACCGAUUAACAUGACUGUUGCGGGUGUCACGACAGUCCUGCGGGGACAAGUGACCUGCAAGAAUAUGAUUGUGGAAGAGAAUGGUCAAGUUCACUUGCACAACUCAUCCUACACUGCCAACUUUGAACAAGGUGUAUACCAACCAACAAGUAGUCCGGGAAGCUACAAUCUGGCCUACCUUGGUCUGAAGAAAAAUUCGCAAUUCAUACCUGUAGUAAAGCUUGACCUUACUGCCGCCACUGUGGAUAUGAAGCGUUUUGUUAAGUUGUACGCCAACUCUAUAAAAUUAAAUGUAGGCACUUUGACCGUUGAAAGGGAAGCAGUACUCAGUGUGGAUGGAAAGGGACUAGUAGAGGAUGCUCCAGCUGCUGGACAAGGCAGGAAUAAAUCAGGAGGAGCCUACGCCAGUUCCGGGGGAGUAGGUGCCAAUUUUACAAUCAGCGAUACACCAGAGGCAUUUGGUACCAUUUACCAACCUCUUACUUCAGGAACACAAGGAGGAGACGGCGGUUACGGUGGAAGUGUAAUACAAAUCACAGCUGUGACCUUAACUCUAAAUGGUUUACUGUCGGCCAUUGGUGAUGAUUCUACCACAGGGGGUGGAGGUAGUGGAGGCAGUAUAUAUGUACAGUGUCUUGGCAGUAUCACUGGCUUCGGUACCAUGUCUGUCAAUGGAGGGGAAGCAACAGGAAUGGAUGCUGGAGGUGGAAGUGCUGGACGUAUCGCUGUGGAAUCUCUCGCUGAAACCUUCUCUCAAACAGGGACCUUUAGUGCCAAGGGAGGCAACUCACCAGCUCCAAAUGGAAAAGGAGGCCCUGGGUCUAUUUAUCAGAAAAUUGGAAGUUCUACUGCCAACACCAUUGUGGAGACCUUGACCGUUGAUAACAGCAAUGGUCAGCAGGAUUACUACAUGACUCUUGCUGAAACCAGUUUGGACCUUGAAUUUGACAUAGUUAACUUAUAUAACUAUGCUAAACUACAAAUUUCUAAAGACUCAUCUGUCAAUAAAACCAUUAAUAUCCUCAAAGUUAACGGUGAUGGAACAGGACUACUGCGACUCCAGACUAAUCAGAAAGGUACCAUAGAGAGAACAGCAACAUCAACAGUCUCUAAGCUUGAAAUCAACUUGGAGCUCCAUGACGGAGGUGAAUUUGUGUUAUCCGAGACAUCAACAAUUCUUGGUAAGGCACCAAUUGCCUUGGAUUUGGAUGGAAUCUUAAGAGGUGUAGUAAACUUGAUCCUAGGAGCAGGUAGAUUUAUGAGAAUGGGUGCAAACGCCAUGAUUGUGCCUUUCCAGGCAACAGCUCUAUCCUCCCAGGCCAGAGUGACCUUUGGCACUUUUCAGAUGGACCCAGCCAGUGGCUUGGAAUACGAAAAAAACACUGGAGCUGAUAUGUUAGUGAGUAUACUUGAUGUCAAGUACCAGGCUUGCAUAAAGGCUGAUUACUUCAACAUCUCAUCAUCCUAUAUCCUUAUAGAGCAGGAAGCUUGCCUGUCUUCUGCCAGCUUUGAUAGACCGCUAUCAACAACCAUUGACACGGACGUUGGAAACGCCACAGAGGCAAAUGGCAAGAAGGGCGGUGCUGGUCAUGCUGGCAAUGGUGGAGGAUCACCGGCUGUUUCUGGUGGCUAUUAUGGAUCCUUAUACAAUCCCAUUGAACCAGGCAGUAGAGCUAGAUCAUCAGGCGGAAAGGGAGGCGGUAAGAUAUACCUGAAAGCCGGAAGCCAGCUGUAUAAUGACGGGGAGGUCUCUGUGAGUGGCAGUGAUAGUUCAGAAGGAGGAGGUAGUGCAGGUAGUAUCUGGAUUGAGACAGUGGAGAUCGAUGGUUUUGGUACGUUCUCUGCAGUAGGAGGAAAUGGACUUGCCCAGGAUGUCGGUGGUGGCUCUGCAGGCAGAAUAUCAAUCAACUGUACAAAAGAAAUAGCAUUUGAAGGUGAAUAUUUAGCCAAUGGUGGCUCAGGAUUCACAGAUGGGGAUGCUGGGGGUGCUGGAACUGUUUACCUGGAGGACAUUAGAAGCUUCAGAGCCUAUAGACGACUAAUAAUUGAUAACAAGAUGCGACCCAUUGACAAAUAUGCCACUAUCAAGGAGGCCAGCAUGACUGAUUACAACUUUGAUGAACUUCAUCUCUUGAAUAAGGCGGCGCUACAAAUCAUUGGUAAUGGGGCUACAGUCAAUCUUGAUGUUCGGAAAAUGGUGGGCGACAGAACUGGCCUCUUGCAUGUUCAUGGGGACCAGAAAUUCGUUCUUGAGUUUGUGGAGGCUACGAGAAAAGCAUUUACGUCCGGUGUUAACUUCAUUAUAGAUGAAGAUGGAGAACUGCAUUUGCCAGGCAUUGUCUACAUCUAUGGCUCGGGUAUCAACAUGCUGGGUGCUUACCCAGAGGACCGGUCUAUUCAAGUAUUUGGUACUCUGACUGGAGUCCUGGAUCUUGUCCUGGGAUUUGAAACAUUGAUGUACCUUGGCCCUAAUGCCAACACAGCUAUGCUUGCAAAUAGUGCAUAUCUAUAUAGAGAUAUCAGUGGUAAUGCACGUUUUGGCACAAUUGAUCUCCGAGCCUAUUCCACUUUGAAAUAUGCUCCUGAUGUUCCGAUGAAUGCCACUUUUGGUCAGUUUGAUUUACGGUACAAGACUGUGGUCUCGGCAGAAAGUAUCUUUUUGAUCGUCUCAACACUUAACAUCGAAGCUGGGUCCACAAUGACCACUUCAUCUAUGGACAGACCACUAGACACACUGGAUGAAGCGUUGGGCACUGGAUCUUUGCAUGGCAGCUACGGCACUGGCGGUGGUUUUGCUAGUCGAGGGGGUGGAAUAUAUGACCAAUCCACCAAACUGCCAAUCCUGGAGGGCGGAUCAUACUACGGCAGUCUCUACAAACCCAACAUGAGAGGCAGUGCUGGUGGUAGCACCAACUCCAGUUCACCCGGCAUGGGCGGUGGCAUCAUCGACCUCCACGUCGCAAGAAGUCUCUACGUUGAUGGGUCCGUAACAACAGACGGCGGUGAAGGAGAUUCGUCCAAUGCUGGUGGUGGAAGUGGCGGCACAAUUUACGUAUCAUCACCAAACCUUGAAGGUCAUGGCUUAUUUUCCAACAGGGGUGGAUCAGGUUUCACAGGUGGCGCUGGUGGCAGAAUGGCACUUUACCUUGACUCCGAGAUCUAUUUCUUUGGCAAAUUCAAUAGCACUGGAGGUGCUGGGCAAUGGGCACACAUGGACGAAGGUGGUCCUGGAACAGUUUUUAUACAAGACACACGCUUCAAACGGCCCUACAAACAACUGUUUGUGGACAACCAUGAGAGGCACUGGGACCAUUACCUCGAACUUGACGAGGAAAAUGUAACCUCGUAUGAAUUUAAUGAUGUUCAUAUGUAUGGCAACGCUUCCUUAUCAAUGAAAGAGGAUACCAACGUAACAAAAACACUGAGAAUUAUCAAAAUCUACGGCGACAAAACUGCGAGACUUCACAUGAAGGCAAACCAGACAUGCUACCUUGAAGAAACACAGACACUGACCAAGACACCCGUUAACCUGUGGGUUGACAGUGGGGCAAAAGUGUUCUUGUCACAGCUUGUCUACAUGCUGGGUCAGGGUGAGAUAGCCUUUAAGUGGAAUGGUGAGAUCAUAGGUGUGCAGCACAUGAGAAUAGUUCCCGGACGUAUCAUCAGCAUAGGACCAAUGGCCCAGACAAGCUUUUUCACUAGUGGGGUGUACACGGCUGGUGUUCCCGGAUGGUUCUUGUUUGGCAGUCUGGAGCAGGGGUCAGGAUCAAUAAUGGAACUGCCACCUCCCAUGGGACUCAAACUGACAGUUGGUUAUUUGGAUGUGAAAUACGAAGCGCUGUUCAAAGCAGAUUUCUUUGAGAUUGAAGCUUCUGACUUCAUGCUGGAGCCAUUAGCUACCUUCCUAUGUAGUGGCACAGCUGUGGUUGGUGGUACAGGUCAUCCGACAAAUUCCUCUACAGGUGGUGGCCAUGCAUCACGAGGUGGCAACAAUGCUGCUACUGAAAUUGGCGGUAUAGCUUACGGGUCCCUGUAUGAGCCGAGAGAAACAGGAAGCAGUGGUGGCGCUAGUGUUGGUGGAGUCGCAGGCGGUCGGGGCGGAGGCAAGGCUAAGAUUUCAGUUGGUACUCUCUUCCUCCUGGAUGGCUCUGUUAUUGCAGAGGGUGCUGAUGGUACAGCCAGCAGUGGUGGUGGUAGUGGAGGUUCUGUCUGGGUGAUCGCUGGACAAUUCCGAGGUCAUGGAACCGUGAGUACAUCAGGAGGUUCUGGUCACGAGACUGCUGGGGGAGGUGCUGGUGGACGCAUCGCUGCCCACACCGUUGAUUACAACCAAUACCGUGGUCAACUGCUGGCCGUUGGGAAGGGUGGUACCACCACUGGGGACAUGGGUGGACCUGGUUCGGUGUUCAUCGAGGACAAAGUGACAGCCUACACCUAUGAGAGUCGUCUCUAUGUGGACGGCAAUGAUCUGGCCACACCUAAACCACUGGUGGUUUGGGAACGCAACCCCAGAGUCGUCAGUACCAACGACACCAUAGACAACAACGCGGACCUCAACUUUGACCAUCUCAUGUUGAAUAGAAAGGCCAUGCUCCAGAUUGCUAACCAAGGAGGAUCUGGUGUAGACUCUAUCAACAUUGGCCUCGUUCUGGGAGAUAUGUCAGGGUACCUACACAUGCAGGAUGACCAAGACUUCUUUGUGGAAUAUGAUAUCUACAGUAUCAUCAGGUCCAUUCCUCCAACUAACUUCAAAGUGGACGAAAAAGCCAACAUGUAUGUAUCGACUGACCUACGACUGAUUGGGACGGCCACGCCUACUCUUGAGUUACUCGGACAUCUGGUUGGAGUUAUGAAUCUAACACUGGAGUACAGCCGUAGCAUGAGUAUAGCCACAACAGCCAAAAAUAGCCGAUAUAUCAAUGGGGCCUACCUUGCUCUCACUAAUGGCGUUCUGGCGUUUGAUUACCUGUCCCUCCAGGCUCAGGCAGAAAUCUUGCACAGUAAGGAUAUCAAUCUGGAAGUGUCCGAUCUGAUGAUGCGGUACAGUUCCGGGAUCUACGGAGACUCUAUCACAAUGACCGCCGGCAAGAUGCAUCUAGAGGGUGAGGCACGUCUGGACACAGGAGGUCGUGGCCUUGUUUGGACAAGCACAGGGGACGGUGGUGUGGACUCCUCAGGAUAUGGUUUAGGUGGAGGGCACGGAGGUUACGGAGGCGGUGCCAACACUGUCAACUACACAAGCGGAGGUGCAGCAUAUGGGUCUUACAAGGCACCAGAACAUCAUGGUAGCAAGGGUGGAGGAAGUAAUGGUGGUCAGGGAGGUGGGGUCAUCGACCUAGAAAUCACCAGGUCCAUUCACCUUGAUGGCAUCAUCACCAGUCAGGGUGGCAAUGCCUCAAUAGACAACAGUGGCGGUGGAAGUGGUGGCAGUGUCUACCUGCGAGCGGUCAACUUCUCGGGGCACGGCCAAGUGAGCGUGGAAGGAGGAGAUGGUAACGACUGGGGAUUUGGCGGCACAGGAGGUCGAGCAUGUGCCCAUGUUAAGUGGAACCGGGAAUACAACGGUGACUAUCUGACAUAUGGAGGUUUGGGAGGCUCAUUACGGUCUGAUGAUGAUGCUAAUGGUGCUUCCGGGACAGUAUAUUUCACAGGAUCUGACCAAGGGCUUACAGGUAGAGAGGUUCUCAAUAGCACAAAUGGGACAAUAGUAUACAAGGAUGGGUUCCGAAAACUUAUCAUCGACAAUGAUAACAGGAAUCUUCACUUGCCAAGUGUCAUCAUGGUUGAUGGUGGAGUUUCUUCAGAAUUCGAGUUUGACCAGCUGGAAGCAAAUAAUCAUGCAGUGCUUGAGAUACAAGGUCAUACAUCUGAGUUGAUAGUUCAUGACUUUGAAGGAGAUCAGACAGGUCUUAUGUAUUUAAAGUCACAGCAAAAAGUUCACGUGGAAUAUGUGGAAUCCACAGCUGGUUAUACAGUAGCACCUGUGAGUUUCAAUGUGGAAUCUGGUGCUGAAAUACGUCUCCCGUCCACAGUCAUCAUGCUCGGUACGAGAUCAGAAAUGAAGGGGCUGAUGACCAAUGUCCAGAACCUCACCAUUGCAGAUGGAGCAAGCACAGUGUUCUAUUCUACAGCCAGAACAGCACUGAUCGAGGCUGGAACAUUCACACAUGUGACCCAGCCAGGCAACAUCAGUCUGACAAUGUUCAAGAUACAGAGAGGUUCACAAGCUUAUCUACAAGAAACGCAGACAAACCUUGUUAUUACCAUCACUAAACUGCUGCUCCAGUAUGAGGGCAGGUUGUGGAUGAAUACCGGCACAAUUGUCUCCGAUGUAGGUGUCAUAGAGAGUCUGGCACUACUCAGUCUGGCUCAUGAAGGCCAUAAAGCAGAACAAGGACCUGGCAAAGGCACCACAGUGAACAAUUUUGGUACUGGAGCUGCCCACGGUGGCCAUGGUGGUGCUCCCUACCCAGACACUGGUGGAGAACCCUAUGACUCAACGAUACAAGCACUGGAAGCUGGCAGUGGUGGAGGAAAUGGCUUGGGCACCGGUGGCAGUGGAGGUGGAUACAUGGUGUGGAAUAACGGUAAAAACCUGUGGAUUGAUGGGGAGCUGUCCAUUGCGGGCCAAUCUGGAUCUGGGAAUAACGCUGGAGGAGGAAGCGGAGGCGGAAUCUUCGUGAAAACACUCAACUUUACUGGAUAUGGUCUGGUCAAUGCAGCCGGUGGAAGUGCAUCUGGCAUUGGUAAUGGUGGAGGUGGUGCUGGUGGAAGAGUUUCCGUCCACAUUGACUUCGCUAACAAGUUCGCUGGAUUAAUAACUACUGGUGGAGGCAUUGGCUCAGGAACACACCCGGCAGGUGCUUCAGGCACUACUUACAUCCAGGAAAAUAAUCGUGGACCUCAGUAUGCAGAGAUCAAAUAUGAUGCAGCGUCUAAUACAAAUAUCGAAACUGCAGAAAACAGACGGGUAUUAGUUGAUAACUUUGAUACUGAUAAAGAACUCUAUGCCAAUCAUGGAGUUCCCUGGAUCUUCACAGUUAUUGAGGAAGAUAAAAAAGCUGAAUAUACAUAUGAUGAACUUGAAUUGCGCGGUCACUCCAAUCUACAGAUUGGGUAUCCAGAUCCUUCAAUCUCACCAAACGUCACUGUUGUUGUACAUCGAAUGUAUGGCGACAAUACAGGCCUUAUAAAUAUACGUGGUAACCAGACACUGUAUGUGGAAGUCGUUGAGUCUGUCACUAAUGAGACAUAUGCACCUUGCAGCUUCAAAUGCGACAGUGGUUCAGAAACUUUGUUCCCAGAAUGGACUAACAUGUUUGGAUCAAGAUCAUUCAUUGCUGGACUGGUGACAGGAAUUGAGAGGUUAAUGGUGCGGAGAGGAGCUGACCUCCUUUUCUACUCCACUGGUCACACUGCCAAGAUUGAGAAUGGUAUAUACACCACCAUGACUACUCCUGGUAACUUCGAGUUCCCUAUAAUGAUUGUAGGGAGAUUCUCUGAAGCAGAAUUCCAACACAUCACAACUUCUAUGACAUUAACAAGUGCUGAGCUCCUCGUCAAACAUCAAGGCCUAUUUUUCAUGAACUAUGCAAAUAUUUACUCAAGCUAUGCUCACAUUGAGAGUGAGGCAAUACUUUCCUUCGACUACAGAGGGAAUGGGCCUGAGGAGGGUUAUGGUAAAGGGAUCACCAAGAACGGUAUCGGUUGUGGUGGUGGACACGGAGGCUGGGGAGGAUGCCCUGCACCAGACUAUGGUGGUGAGCCUUUCAACUCAGUCUUGUCACCUGGAAAUGGAGUUUUGUUGGCGACGAAGGAAUUUUCAGGAAGUGGUGGAGGUAACGGGAGUGGUGUAGGUGGCUCAGGGGGAGGAUUCCUUCUCUGGGAGGUCGGCGAUCUCCUGGAACUUAAUGGUGUAUUGUCGCUCAAAGGUUCUGAUGGAGUAGGCGGCGAUGCCGGUGGUGGAAGUGGUGGAAGUGUGUUGAUAAAAACCAUGAAUAUAUCUGGACACGGAAACAUAUCUGUAGAGGGUGGCAAUGGUGUUGGUUCCGGAGGUGGAGGAUCUGGUGGACGGAUUGCCAUUCACUGUCAGUGGAGAUAUCAAUAUGGAGGAGCAUUCAACAACUUUGGGGGCGAUGGCGGAGUCACUCAAAAACAGGCACACACUGGCGCAGCAGGCACCUCCUACAAGGAAGAGAACCUUCGUGAACUGGAGUACAGGUUUAAGAAGUAUGACAAGGUACACAACACAACAUUUUUGGAUGUAGACCACAAGUAUGUCCACUCUGACAACUUGCUCAAAUAUAGUCCUGUACCAACUCUUCUCAUGGCUAAUGACACCUACGAUUAUGAAUUUGACGAAAUUGACCUGACGGGAAGCUCCAGAAUGAUGAUCUAUCAUCCAAAUACUACGGACAAAAACGUCACAGUAAUCGGUCAUAAGUUCCUUGGUGACAAAACAGGUCAGCUGCACCUCAGAGCUAACCAGCAAGUGUAUGUGGAAUAUGUUGAAUCAAUUUCAAACAGAACUGAGGCUGUGUGUAGCUUUAUCAUUGAGCAGUAUAGUGAAAUCAUCACACCCAUGGAGUUCCACAUGCAGGGUACCAACAGUACAAUAGCAGGGGAACUCACAGGAGUUCAGGACCUGAGUAUUGAGAGGGAUGCUUUUGUGGAGUUCAUGUCUACAGCUAACACUGCUGGUCUGAAGGAUGGAGUCAAAUUCAAUGUACAAGAACCUAGUUACUUCUUCUUUGGAACUCUCACAGUCAAACAAGGUGGAUUGGCUGGUUUCUCAAAAAUCAGUGACAUUAUGCAUUUCGAAGCAGGAAAGAUUGAAGUGCGUUACCAGGGUGAAUUGUACAUGAAUGAUGCAGAAUUGGAUUCAGGAUUUGCAGAGAUAGAGAGUCAAGGAACAUUCCACCUGAAUGGGCAUGGAUAUACAGCUGAGAGUGGCCUUGGAGCAGGACGGACCGUCAGUUCUGCUGGCUGUGGUGCUAGUCAUGGGGGUGUUGGAGGCUGCUCUGACCAGACUCAGGCUACAAGUCCUUACGGCUCUGUGUACUCUCCAAAUGAGCUCGGUAGUGGCGGAGGCAAUGGCCAAGGUACAGGAGGAAAUGGAGGAGGUCGGAUGGUUUGGGAGGUCGCUGUUCAUUUUGAGCUCAAUGGCUUACUGGCUUUACAAGGAAAUGAUGGUACAGGAACAAACUCAGGUGGUGGCUCAGGUGGAAGUCUUCUCAUAAAAACAACUAACUUCACGGGCCAUGGUGAGGUGAAUGUCGAAGGCGGCAAAGGAGUAGGAACUGGAAGCGGAGCUGCAGGAGGUAGAGUUGGCAUCCAUUGUCGAUAUAGAUACACUUACGGAGGGAAAUACACCAACCAUGGAGGCACUGGUGGAAGUUCUAGUGGAACAGGGGCCCCAGCAGGAACUACAUUUGUCGAGAACAAUAUGCGUCCAUUAGAGUACAGAAUACUGAAAUACAUGCCUAGUACAAAUACAAGUUACUUCCAAGUAGAUCACAGGUACCUGCACAUGGACAACAUUGGCAACUAUGUUCCAGGUGCCACUGUUGUCAUGGAGAAUGAAACAAUUACUUACGAGUUUGAUGAAGUAGAAGUGACCGGUGCAUCUGUAGUACAGAUCUACCAUCCACAAGACUCUGAUGUCCAUGUAACCAUUCACAGAAUCUUAGGCGACAAGACAGGACAGAUCCACAUGAGAGCAAACCAGACGGUCUACGCAGAGUAUGUGGAAUCGGAGUCGAAUGUUACAGAAGCUCCUGUUAGCUACUACAUUGACUACGCAGCAACAAUCGUCAUGCCAACAGAGGUUCAUAUCCACGGUAUUCGUACAAAUCUGUCAGGUUUGUUGGUCGGUGUUCACCAUCUGUACCUAGAAGAGAAUGGGGCUGUUUCGGUAUUUGCAACAGCACAGACUGCACAACUCUCCAGCGGAAUUAGAACCGACAUUACAACAGAAGGAAAUUUCUCCCUCCCAUCCUUGAAAGUCAACUCAUAUGGAAGUAUUGAAUUUAGGCAUAUAUCAAGUAACCUGUUCAAUUUAGAUUUGGGAAGAAUGGACUUAAAAUACAAGGGAGAGUUGUUGAUGAACUAUGGCACAUUGGUAGCAGGAAAUGCAGACAUAGAGUCAGAGAGUUUGUUUGACCUUCAAGGAAGAGGUCAUCCUGCUCAAACAGGAAUUGGUGCUCCACCCUCUAGCUAUAAUGGUGGCAGCCAUGGUGGCAUCGCUGGUGGUCAAAGUGGAAACACUUAUGGAUCAGUCUUUCAACCUAAAGAACUUGGAAGUGGAGGUGGGGGAACAAACGGUGGAGCAGGUGGUGGGUUUAUCAAUUUCAAGAUUGGAAGUCUACUUCAUGUUGAUGGGGAUGUGAAAGCCAAUGGUGCCACGCCCACCUCUGGUUACUCUGGUGGAGGAAGUGGAGGUUCGAUAAUGAUUGAAGCUUACAAUGUUUCUGGCCAUGGCCUGUUUGAUGCCAGUGGUGGUGAUGGCUAUAUUUUAGGAUGUGGUGGAGGUGGUGGACGUAUAGCUAUGCUUGUGGAUGCAGUCAACAACUACGGAGGUACAUACAGUUCCCAGGGUGGAAGUCGCGGGUCAAGUUCUUCUAAUGUAGCCUGUGAUGGAGGGCCGGGUACUAUCUACAAGUAUGAGUCUCGUCGUGGGCCAACAUACAGGGAGAUUAAAUACAAUCCACGUCUGAAUGUCACAGCUCUUAAGCCAGAGCAUUCCAAACUUACCGUUGACAAUGCUGCUUUACUGACAGAACAACCAGCAGUGGUCAUGGAGGACAAUACAGUGUACUACGAAUUUGAUGAAGUCCAGGUUGAGGGCCACUCGUAUGUCCAUUUUUACCAUCCAACUAAUGCAGACAAUGUCACAGUCAUCAUUCGCGAAUUGACUGGUAACAAAAUGGGCUUUGUCAGAGUGCAGAGUAGGCAACAAGUGAUGGUAGACUUUGUGGCCUCCACUCACACCUACUUGGAUGCGCCAUGUGGCUUCCACGUAGAUCCUUCAGGCGAACUUGUUUUACCAACAGAGGUUUUCCUGACGACAGAAAAGGUCAUUUUAGGAGGUAGAUUAAUAGGGGUAGAAAAGCUAACCAUUGAAAGAAAUGCUGAACUAUUACUUCAAGAUGAGGCCCACACCAAGGGCAUUCAGUCUCUUCAGCUGUCGUACCUCAACACUCGGGCCAGUUCAUCCUAUACCCCGGGUGACAUCUCAUUCGGCACGCUCAACAUCAACAAUUUGGGCAAACUGACCAUAUUCCUUGAUCCUUUGUUUCCAGAAAUAGCUACAGGAGAUUUGACUGUCAAAAACGGAGGAAUUAUAUCAGCAGAGAGUCUACGGAUAAUGAUGAACAGCACAAACCUGAUAGUGGAGAAGAACGGUCUGAUUACCGGAAGUGGCUUUGGCUUUCCUAAAAAUACAGGCACUGGAGCAGGUGCUCAGGGCAGCUAUGAUGGAUCUGGAGGAGGCCAUGCCAGCACAGGUGGUGCCAGUCAGUCGAGUGGCGGAGGCGGCUCUUACUACGGUGAGGAGAUGAUGACCACAGAUCCAGGAAGUGGUGGCGGGGGAAGCUCAGGGACCGCUGGUGGCAGUCAUAUAUCAAUCAACGUUGGCCAGACCUUCAAUGUGGAUGGGACCAUUCAGAGUGAUGGUUUAGAUGGUACAUCUACAACGUAUGCUGGAACAGGGGCGGGAGGAAGUAUCCUCAUCACUGCAAACAAGCUACAAGGAUAUGGUACCAUCUCUACCAGUGGGGGCACAUCAUACCGUGGCUACUACUCCAGCCAUUACACGUACUACCAAAACGGUGCUGGGUCUGGUGGUAGAAUAGCUAUUCACCUGGGUGAGCUGCCUAACUUCCGAGGAUCACUGGUGGCAGACGGCGGCCUUGCCAGCAAUGGUGGGUCAACCAAUCAGCAUGGUGGUCCAGGGACCGUGUAUAUUCGAUCUACAAUUGGAGACACUGUGUCCCAGUAUCUCUGGAUAGAUAAUCAGGAUAGAGGCACACUUCUGUCGUGUUCCUUCCCGACCUACAUCAACUCAAGCAUCCUACAUACUUUGAACCUAAAGAAUAGAGCCUGCGCCCGACCUUCUCAGUCCACUAUUACCGUCAGCUACCUGGAUGGUGGUUCUGGUUUGUUUUACCUGGAAAAUGAGAUCAAAAUGGAUCAAGAGGAGCGAUCACACUUGAGGGCCAGUUUACAUUCUGUUUCUGGGUCCAGAGCGGUGAUGCCACCUACAGUGUUUGUUGAGGAGACUUUGACGGCAGAGGGUGGACUCAUCGGGGUAGAGCACUUGUACGUCAGAGGAGUGGCAAACAUCAUGAAAACAGGAUACAGCAUCUGCUCAACCAGUACUACACUGAACUCUGAAUUUAACUUCUACUCCCUUACUGUUAUGGACGGUGGACUUCUCAAGCUAACUGACGAUGAUAUGACAACAGUCUCUGGAUUGUCCUUCAGAGCCUAUCAUGUUCAUCUAGAAGAUUCUGCUACAGUGGAAGUGGAAGGGGGUGUAGAAAUUAUUGCUGGUGUGUUCGAUAUGGAGAAAAGCUCAACACUGACUGGAAACGAAUAUGGAAAUGAAGCUGCCUCUGGACCUGGGGCUGGCAGGCAAUGUGGCCCUGGUACAGGUGGCGGUCAUGGUGGAUCUGGUGGUAGUGGUUCAUGUGGCUGUUCCUGUGGUUCCUGUGUGAGGGGGCCAGCAUAUGGUGAAGCCUGUACACCAUGGCAAGCAGGAAGUGGUGGUGGUAAUUCAGUGUCGGGUACUGGUGGUGCUGGCGGCUCAGCUAUCCGAGUCAUUGCGAGCCAUGCAGCCUUCAUUGAAGGUGCUAUUUCCAGCAAUGGUGCUUCUGGGACCAAUGCAGCUGGUGGAGGCAGUGGAGGGUCAGUUUGGGUUGACAGCAAUAUCAUAGAAGGUUGGGGGUCGAUCGACACAGAUGGUGGAUCAGCAGGGUCAUACUGUCAAUCGCGAUGCUGGAAUAAUAAUUGCUGUUGUUACAACAGUGGAGGUGGUGGAGCUGGAGGGAGAAUCAGAACUGUGACGGGCAACUACACUCAAAAGGUGCUCUAUUACAACCGUGACUCAGCAGCAGGUUCUGGCAGCGGAGGUUCAGGUGGUGUUGGCUCUCUCUGUGAUCACCAUGAUGAUCUGUGUAGUGGCCACGGAAAUAGGACAGGUGGAGUGUGCAUGUGUGAUGCAGGCUACUCUGGUGACGACUGCCAGUACGGCUGUGAAUGUGGAUCACAUGGUGCAUGUGAUAGCGACGGCACCUGUGUGUGUGAUCCUGGUUAUAUCGGCUUCCACUGUGAGAGCAUGUGCGAUGACAAUACCACUUGUAGUGGGAAAGGACAUUGCACCACAUGUGGGUCAUGUCUCUGUGAUGCCUGUUACCAUGGAAGUGAUUGCGCCACCCUUUGUAGCGGUCAAGGAACUUGUGAUGCUGAUGCAUGUCUAUGUGAUGCCUGCCACCUUGGAGAGUAUUGCGAGUCGGAGUGUAAUGGACAUGGAAGCUGUAAUGGUACUGCAUGUAUUUGCGAUUCAGGAUGGUAUGGUGCAAAAUGUACCAUCAAGUCCUGUGGCGGCCUUAACAAUUUGCCCUGCUCUGGACACGGAAGUUGCCAUGCAGCCAGCCAGCAGUGUUUCUGUGACCCAGGAUGGGAAGGCUCUGUUUGUGAGAACCCUGACUGCCCAGGCGAUAUCAACUGUAAUGGUAGGGGAACCUGUAACACCGCAUAUGAGCCCCCACGCUGUACGGACUGUGAUGUGGGAUGGAUGGGACCGGCGUGUGAUGAUCCCUGCAUCCAUGGUUCACCAAAUGCAGAUAACACUAACUGUACUUGCAACAGUACCUGUUACCAUGGCAAAGGCUGCAACAUCCAGUGCUCCGAUCACGGCACAUGUGACGUAAACUAUGACUGUUACUGCGAGCCAUUCAGCGGCUGGUCGGGCACCCUUUGUGAAAUUCCCGGCUGUCCCAGACAUCCAGUAACCCUUGCGGAGUGCAGCAACCACGGCACAUGUAACAGUUUUGAUCACAUCUGUGAAUGUGACGCUGCAUGGAAAGGUGCUGCAUGUCACAUAGCAGACUGCCAGGGAGAGCCUGAUUGCCAAGGCCGGGGACAUUGUGAUGACACGCUGAACACCCCACGAUGUAUCAACUGUACAGGCAACUGGAUGGGCGUAGGCUGCGACGAGCCAUGUGUGAACGGCACAGAAACCCCACUCAAUUCAGACUUUUGUCUCUGUGAUGCUGGAUUUGCUGGUGUUGGGUGUGACUCUGAGUGCUCUGGUCACGGACUUGUUACGGCUGGAGUCUGUGACUGUGACUAUGUCACCGGAUGGAAGGGAGCAUUAUGUGACAUGCCGGGCUGCCCUGGACUCAACAAACUUGACUGCUCCAACAGAGGAACUUGUAACAAUGCCUUGCACACCUGCGACUGUAAUCCGGGCUGGAUGAACAUUGGAUGUGAGGAUGCAGACUGUCCAGGCAAUCCCGAUUGUAAUGGACGUGGCUCCUGUAACUCGACUGUCGACCCACCUGAGUGCAUGUGUACAAGUCCCUACUUUGGCGCUGACUGCAGCCAGACAUGUGACCACGGCACCAUCUUCCCAGCCUACAGUGAUAACUGUACGUGUGAUCCAGGCUGGGUUGGAAUUGAAUGUGACGCAGAGUGCUCCUUGCAUGGAAACUUCAAUGGCACCAUCUGUAUCUGCGAUGUGAACUGGCGUGGAGAUGUGUGCGAGAUGCCUGGAUGUCCUGGAGUCGGUGAAGACUGUUCGGGACAUGGUGAUUGUAAUACUGCUACACACAUAUGUACCUGUCAGGCUGGCUGGACCGGAGUAGGAUGUGACAUUCCUGACUGUCCUGGAAAUCCAGACUGUAUGGGUCGUGGAACGUGCGACACCAGCUUUGACCCACCAAAGUGUAUGGAUUGCGAGGUUGGGUGGAUGGGACCGGCAUGUGAUGACCCAUGUGUUAAUGGUACACAAGAUCCUGCCAACAGUGGGUUCUGUAAGUGUGACGCUUGCUACUUCGGCAAGGGCUGCAACAGCGAAUGUGCUGGAAAUGGACAGUGCGUGGCAGGUGCAUGUGAAUGUGACACCAGCUGGCGAGGCUCACUUUGUGAAGUGUCAGGCUGUCCAGGAACAACAUACGACUGCUCCAAACAUGGAGAAUGCAACAGUGCCAAUCAGGAGUGCACUUGUUUCCCAGGAUGGACUGGCUUGGCUUGUGAUGAAGCAGACUGUCCAAACAACUGUACACAGAACGGAAUCUGUAACACGACUGGUGUAGCCCCAGAAUGCUCCUGCUUUGAGGAUUGGAUGACAUUUGAUUGUAGCAAGCCUUGUGUCCAUGGUAACAAAACUGACAAUAUCCGCUGUGACUGUGAUCCCUGCUUCACUGGGGCAGGCUGUGACCUAGAGUGCUCUGGUAAAGGAACCUGUGAAAAUGGAACAUGUAAUUGUACCAGGCUACCAGGAAACGCGUUUAUUGGAAGCUUGUGUGAGGAAAAAGGCUGUCCCGGUAUCGACGGUGCCUGUAACCAACAUGGCAGCUGUAAUUCUGUCCUCCAAGAGUGCACCUGUUACCCCGGAUACAAGGGGUAUGACUGUUCAGAACCAAGCUGUCCAGGCACUCCAGAAUGUUCAGACAAAGGUACCUGCGUUGCUGGAACUUGUAUGUGUGAUUCAGACCGAAUAGGUGACUACUGUCAACAUCCCUGUUACAACGGCACAAACAUCAAUGGAGAAUGUGUGUGUAACAAGACUUGCAUCACCGGUCCUUACUGUCACCUCGAGUGCUCUGGAAAUGGACUGUGCGAUACUACUGGUGACUGUGUCUGUGACUUUAAUGAUGGCUAUAAGGGAGACAAGUGUGACAAGCCUGGCUGUCCAGGAUGGCCUGAAAACUGCAUGGGACAUGGCACAUGUAACGAGGUGACUGGAGAGUGCACGUGUGACUCUAACUGGGAACAACCGGCAUGUGCUGUGCCCGAAUGUACCAAUGACUGUAACAAUGACCCGGAUGCUCAGUGUCUGGAACCGCCUGGUGGUGGAGUACCUCGAUGCUUCAAUUGCUCUUCCAACAAGAUGGGAGAUGCCUGUGAAUUUGACUGCCUCUAUGGUGUUGGUGUUCGGGACAGCAGUGGUAACUGGCAAUGUGAAUGUGACGCCUGCUAUAGUGGGGUCGACUGUAGCUUGCUAUGCAAUGGUCAGGGUUCAUGUACAAAUGGAACAUGUGACUGUGGGUUCAAUGGUUAUAGGGGACCAUUGUGUGCUACCUACGGCUGCCCUGGUUACGACGUAGACUGUAGCGGCCACGGACAGUGUGGCGGGUCCCACUCCUGUAUUUGUGAUGCUGGAUGGACUGGAACAGGUUGUCACAUAGGGGCGUGUUCCAACAACUGCACUGGACAGGGCACCUGUAUUGAUACCCUCACUCUAACAACUCCAUACUGUUCCUGUGAUAGUAAUUACUUUGGUUCAGCUUGUGAGAAUUUGUGCUCAAAUGGUGCCCUGGCCAAUGGUACCUGUGAUUGCAACGCUUGUUAUGAUGGACUAGAGUGUGAAACAGAGUGCUCUGGUCGAGGCACAUGUACAAACAACCAAUGUCAGUGUGUGAGUAGUCGCGGCACGCUCUGCGAGAACAAUGGAUGUCCAGGGUUGUAUAAUUUAGAUUGUUCUGGUCACGGGUCAUGCAACACAGCCACAAGUUCCUGCAGCUGUAACACUGGGUGGAUAGGCACAGACUGCGCAACUCCAGAUUGUCCGUCAGAUUGUAACAACCGUGGGCAUUGUAAUACCACAUCAACUGUGCCUGUGUGCACGGACUGCGAGAAGGGCUGGAUGGGAAGCGCCUGUGAUAUACCAUGUAACGGCACACAGAUCCCAAUGGACAGUGGCACCUGUGUCUGUGACAGUGCCUGUCAACACGGCACAAGCUGUGAGUUAACUUGCAGCAACAUCAGGCCAUGUGUAAAUGAGACCUGUGUUUGCACUGAUGCAGAUGGCUACAGUACGGGAGCCUGGGGCACAUACUGUGAGGAAGCUGAUUGUCCAGGACGCCAUCAACCAUGCAGUGGUAAUCAACUGUUUUGUAUAAAAACUCCUCCCACACCAAUGUGUAUCUGCAAAGCUGGGUAUUUUGGGCUCGGCUGCCAGGAUGUUGACUGCCCCGGCCAGCCAGACUGUAGUAAUCAAGGUGUGUGUCAGAACGAUGCUACCUGUCUCUGUAACAACAUGACCAUGGGUUUACAAUGUGAGCUGCCUUGUGAGGGAGGAAGUGCCGUCCAGUCUGGAAACACGUUCAGCUGUGUUUGUGACAACUGUAUGUCGGGCACGGGAUGUGACAAAGUUUGUAAUGACCAUGGAACAUGUAGCUCCAACGGUACCUGUGAAUGUGACACUGCAUGGUGGGGAGAUCACUGUACUGUGGAAGGAUGCCCUGGAGUGGGCUCCAGUUGCUCGGGUCAUGGUACCUGUCAGGCUGGCUCGUGUUCGUGUGAUCAGUACUACAAGGGAGCGGGUUGUGAUGAGAUCUACUGUACCGAUGACUGUAACAACAGAGGUACGUGUGACUACACCAACUACUGGCCGCCCAAGUGCGUCAACUGUAAUGACUCCAUUGGGCCUAAGUGUGAGAAAGACUGCCUAUACGGGAGUGAGCUGUCCGCCUUCAGUACCGUAUGUGUGUGUGACAACUGUUACAGUGGAUUUGAAUGCUCCAUACAGUGUUCCAACCAAGGACUCUGUAAUGCUACCUCCAGCAGCUGUGACUGUGAAACUGGCUUCAAAGGCAGUAUCUGUGAAGAUUAUGAUUGUCCAGGAGAACCCGACUGCAGCUCGCAUGGCACGUGUAUGAGAAGUAAUAAUCAGUCAAUCUGUUCCUGUAACGCUGGAUUUACAGGCGCCGACUGCUCCGACUACAUCUGUCCUGGGACACCAACUUGUAGUGGCAAUGGCGUCUGUACCCUAGCCACUGGAUCUACGGCCCCAUCCUGUGCAUGUAACCAUGGUUUUGGUUCACUGGACUGCUCCUCUUGUCUGACAAAUUUUGCACCUCCCAACUGUGAUGUCUGCGAGACCAACUACAUCGGCUACAAUACCACAUGUGGGACUCUCUGUAAACAUGGCUAUGCCACAGAACUAGGUGGUGAUGUUUGCCAAUGUUAUGAUGAUGACGUGAAUGGACACUGGACUGGUCAAGCCUGUGAUGUUUGUCAGGACGGAUGGGCUCUCCCCUCCUGCACCAGCUGUUCUCUAGACUAUGUUGGACCAGGCCACUGCAACAUCACCUGUGUCACCGGUCAGGGUAUUUAUGCCGACAAGUAUGACGGUACCAGUAUCACGAUCGGAGUUCUCCCUGUCUUCAACUGUUAUACAUUGGAGAGUGGAAUGAAAACUGCCUGGUUUGGCUACUCCAACUUGAAUAUGCACAAUGUUUACAUCACAUCUGAAUCCGAAAACAACAUCAUGAAGUCAGACUUGACAAAAUACCAACCACCAACAAUGUUCAAAGCCAACACCGUUGCAGAUUAUAUCUUUUCUGAAGGACCAUUCAAUGCCUCAGAGGAUCUCAUUUGGACUUUAAGGACAACUCGGGCAAAUGCUGAUAACAGUAUUGCAGUAUCCCUGUCAACAGCAACCAUCUGCCCUUUUAUUCCUACACAGCCUAUAUUUACUGAUACCACUGGAUAUUGCAAAUGUGAUGAAGGCUAUUGGGGAGCAUCCUGUGAGCAUGAAUGUCCAGGUGGCGGAAGCAACAGUUGCUUUGGUAAAGGGAAGUGCAAUGCAACAACUGGGGAAUGUGUAUGUGUGAGUGGAGCCCAGGCCAGUACCAACUGUUCUACAUGUCACUCUGGGUGGACAGGGGACGAUUGCAGUGUCGCUGUUGUCGCAGGAUCAACCUCCAGCUCAACCUCAAGUUCAACUGUAUUCUAUGACAGUGGCGGUCUCAUGACUUUUGACGGAUCCAUGAUGACAAUGCAACAACCGGGAGAGUAUGUACUAACUGGAGGAACACUCACUGCCACCGGUGAAGAUCUGAGUGUUCAUAUUGUAACAUCACCUGGCCUACUAGGCAUUUUAUCAACAUCGAUGGCUAGUGUGUCUGUGGGGACAGAUACACUGGUGGUGGUCGCAGGCAGUGGAAACAUUGAUGAUACCAAGACCUACCUGAAUGGAGAGGAGACGAGCAUCGGCUCAGGGCUAUCAGUUGGCUCACUCACAUGUACGAGAAGUUCCAUUUACAAGAUUGACUGCUCUGAUAAUUUGGAGGUUAAUAUCACAAUUGAUAUUGCCCCGUUCUCGCUGUCGGCUAUUACAGUUGAGCUGGAUUCAAGUACCUGCAGUAGUACCCAAGGCCUGGCUAGUUCCUGUGAUGGAAACUACACUGAUGACUUCAAAACUUCAUCUGGAGUAAUCUUGUCAGGAGGGUCCGUAACGCAGACUUCCCUGCAGGAGCAGUUUGUAGAAUCAUUUAAGGUUUCAUCAUCCAACUCGGAUAUAUCUAAUGUGGCCCCUAUUCCUAACUGGGGAGGAAACGGCCUCAGCCUUCAUGGCAUGAGUAUCUAUGUUGAAAACUUGAACUCUUUCACAGAAGAUGUAUCCCUAGAAAUGAAGUUCAGUCUGAGAGCCACCACUAGUGAAUACCAAACACUUUUCUCCUAUGAGUUUUACGAGUCAAAUGUUCUCACCAAUCAUUUCUGUGCACUUGUCAAAGAUGGAGCUGUCUAUCUAUACACAAAAUACAACGAUGAGUACCGUGAAUUCCCAUCUCUCGUGGUUGAAGCCAAUACAUGGUACCAUUUCACUUCAGUUUGGAACCAUGCAUCCAAGAGACUGACCCUCUAUCUGACUAAAGAAGAUUUGAGUCAGGCUACCGACUUCACGGUGUAUAAUCAGAACUAUCCUACUCCGAUGGAACAUGGUGGCACUUUGCGCUUGGGAAAUACUUGGUCUGCAGUUCAGUAUGGUAAAUGGAUUAUGCAGGGAAACAUAGAUGAUGUUAGGUUGUAUAAAAAGCAACUGUCUUCUCUUGAAAUUAGGAAUACUGCUUUCAAACUACUGGAGUGCUCUACAAUAACCAUGUUGUCAAACCGAUGGACAUUUGAUGAAGGCCAGGGACUUGAAUCUGCUGAUGUGAUUGGUCACAAUGAUAUGCUCUUUAAUAAGUUUUCUUCACCUGAGUGGAGCAGGGUUAAUUACACAAUGACAUCAUGUACAAGUGCCAGUACAUCCGUGCACGACCAGCUUGACACCAAUACAGUAGACCCAGGUCUAAGCAGCCUGUGUAAUGAAAUUUCUAGUAAGUUUGAGUCAUUGUGUGUCGGAAAACUUGGAUAUGCUGUUCUUGGAGGACUUUUGGAAAAUUGCCUGUUCGAAUCAUUGACAGAUAGUGAAGCUCCUCUGAAAAACAUAAGAGUAAUAAGCACUUUAUGUAAGCUGCAAAUAACUGACGUCAGCUGGCCUGGAAGAACGAUGUGUAACUCAUUCCCCGUCGACAAGUUCCCCGUGUGGAGAGGCUCAUCAUGUGAUAUGAAGUGCGAAUCUGGAACUUGGGACUCUGUGACCAGUUCUUGUCAGUGUCAUGAUGGAUUCUGGGGAGAACAAUGUGAUGGAGUAUGCCCCAGCUUCUUAGAUAAAACAUGUGGAGGGGGUACAUGUAACAUUACUGAUGGCGUGUGCAAGUGUCCUCCAUUCCUGGACCCAGCUCACAACUGUCAGAGGUGUUUGGCUGGGUUUGAGGGCUUGGACUGUUCAGUCUUGUCAGCCACCCUGCCUGGGAGUGCUACUGAUGGAGUGUGCAACACGUUUGGAAGGUCAAACUUCAUCAUGUUUGACGGACAAGCAUUCAAGCUGAAGGCAGCCGGAGAGCUGAAACUUUUGGAGACUACCACCUUGAAUGUAUACAUUAAGGUUGAUUUGUGCGGAGGAAGUGUUGUAACUUACUGCGUGAAGCAGACCUGGAUUGGGUCACAGAAUGAAAACUUCACAAUGCAGGCUCCACUAAAGGAAGGAGGUGUCUUCAACCUUUAUCAUAAUGGAACAGCAAUCAGUUUCGACCAGGAGUAUGAUUUCACCGGAUCUAUCAAAGUUGUUAAGCACGAUAAAAAGACCCUUCGAUUUGACUUCUCCAACGGGUUGAUCUACCUCAGAGAAGAUACCACUUCCAUUUCUAAUACAAUUUCUUUGAAAAAGUCUUCGUAUGCCUCUCAAACAUCAGGCUUAUGUGGCAAUUUUGACGGCAGUACCAGCAAUGAUUUUGUAACAUCAAGUGGCACAUUAGCUCUUAAUGCUAUUACCCAGGAGGGGGUUGAUGCUUUCCAGGUGAUGACUUCCAUAUCAUCUACAUCAUCAACAGGCUUUGUUUACGAGCAAGAUGGUUUCAGUCUACCUGUCGCACCCAAAGGCUUCAGCAUGAUUACAAAAGGAUCUGGAGCCAUUUCACUCCCCAUGUCUGACACUUUCAGCAGCGGAGGCAGCGGUACUGUGCAAGUCGAAUUCAAGACAGAAUCUGACAAGGGUAUGAUACUUGGUUACAAAGGUAAUUCUACGAUGUCUGUUAACCUGAACAAUUCUCUUGUCGUCAUACGUUGGGGGGAGAAAGUCAUCAGCACCGACUGCAGCAUCAACACCAAUCAGUCAUAUGAUUUGUCGUUGUCAUAUGAUAAGGAUACAAAAUCACUCCGUUUAGAUGUAAUAACAGAAGGCAUUUUGAACUACACUAAAACCAUCGAAAACUGCACAGCUGAUGUGUUUAGUAACGACGGAUUUAUAAAGAUGGGAAGCUGGAGUGACGAUCCCCCAACAUCGUUAGAAAAUGAGCCAUUUAUUGGUGAAAUGGAUAAUUUGAAGACCUUCAACACCUCUCUCAAAACUAACGAGACCCUUUACAGUGUAAGCGAUGCCUUUCAAGACAGUUACCAAGACCUGACUGCCAAAUUUACAAUGGGAGAAGGAGAUGGAAGUGUGACCAUAGAUAGCAAAAAUGGUCAUAAAAUGUUUCUUCUUGGGAGCACAGUGUAUUUCCCUUCAGAUGACGAUGAUGGUGAUCAGGAUGACAAUGAUAUCUCGUCUGACCUUCCAGCGAGUUUCAGAACAACUGCAGAAGAAACCUGUGCAAACAUGACGUCCUCAAUAGUUAAGUCUUGUUCCAGCUUGGGUACACAAACGCAAGAACAUUUCUAUGACAUUUGUGUCAGUGACACGAUGGAAAGUGGAAGUGCCCUAGGCUACAUUCCAGUAGUGCAAGCAUAUGCUGAUUAUUGUGACAAAACCUUAAACCCUGCCAAGUCAGCUAUGGAGGAAAUAUGUGAGGACAAGACGUCGGAUCACUACCUGUUCCUGUGUCGGUACCAAUGUAAGAUUGGAUACUUCAAUCCAUUGACCAGAGAGUGUGUAUGUGAAGGGUCCUGGGGUGAAUACUGUGAAAACGUGUGCCCUGGAGGAGUAGAAACGCCAUGCUCGAACAAUGGUAAUUGUGAAAAACUGACCGGUACCUGCACAUGUAAACCUACCCAUGACAACACCACAGGCUGUGCUUCUUGUCUACCUGAAUGGACAGGUACACAUUGUGAUAUCAUGGUAAUUCCGCCGACUCCAACAACCACUCCGGCGGCCCCUACCACUACAGUCCCGGGAGCCACUACCACCCAAUCACCUACCGUCAUCCCCGGAAGGUCCACCUUUGCAAUGUCGGAUCAAGGUCACGUGAAAACAUUCCAAAAUAACAAGUUUAAUUUUGACAAAGUUGGAGAAAACUAUGUUACAAAGGGUGGUAACUCCAAUACUCCUGACAUCGCCAUACGCACAGUCUACUGCCAGAAGGAAUCUGUAUGUGUAGACGCAGUUUCGGCGGAAUUCACCAACACUAAAGUAGUGCUGCAGGCAGGUGUGUCGUCCACUGAUGACAUCAAGGUUUGGAUCAAUGGACAGAGUCAUUCAUUUGCUUCGAAUGAAACCAGCAUACACACAGAUGUCCGAAUCACCGAAGUUUCCCAAAACGAGUAUGUAAUUGAGAGCAUUACUGGAAAUUUUACCAGCAUUCAUGUAAGACAAGUUGACCAACAUUUAAGUGCUGUGGUCACUAUGGACAAUACCCUUAUCGAGACUCAGACAUACAUUGCAGGAGGAAUCAAUAGUGGCCAGCUAACACAAACCUACGAUGCAGGCUGGGCUGUCAACGCAUCUGAGAGCUCUUUUACUGUCUUGCCCACCAGUAGUUCCUCGUCCUCCUCAUCCCAAGGAUAUCAGCAGACAACACCCACUGCAGGAAACAGCUUGUACUUCAACAACUCUGUCUUAACAAGCCGAUUCAUACAUGAUGUCAUUGAUCGUGAAAAGGAUUUUACAGUUGGACUUUCCAUUCGUCCCCAUGUAGGAAAUGGAACUGUGAUUGUUAUGGAAAACAAGGCCCCAGUGUCUGUGUUCAUGGAUGAGGGCAUUUAUAAAGUACGUAUGGGUGAUGAAGUGUAUGACACUGGGAUUUCCGUCUCACUUGAUGAAUGGCAAAGUAUUUCCAUCGCAUUUGAAUCGUCAUCUAAAAAGGUUGACUUUUACAAAGCAACAGCUUCAAAUGUGGAACAGAAAUCAUUCUUCAACACGAAUGAGGAAGUCUUCCAGGCUGGUGGUUACAUUAGCUUAGGACAACCUACAUCGACAAAUCUGGCCAAGUUAGAAAGUGAGAGCCAAUACUAUACUGGGGAAGUGGAUGAGCUGAGGAUUGACAACAAACCAUUAUCUUUUAAUGAGAUACUCGAUACAGCCCUGUCUCGUGUUCCUGAUCCCGCUCCUUCGUUAGUAACCCACAUAAACUUUGACGAGGUUGAGGGUAAAUACGUAAAAGACAAUGUUGGAGAAAUAAACUUUAUCAUGACGGAUUCUGACAUAUCGAUCAACCCUCCUGUGAGACAGAUAUCAAGUCUAGAUCUGCCAGAUCUUACAGUCCAGUCAUCUCACAUAAAUUCCAACAGUACGAUCCAGGCUGAAAUAGACACAGCUUGCCAUGACGCUGUGUAUGCACCAGCAUUUACCCCAUGUGAAAAUAACUCCCCAGGUUUUCUGGAUUUCUUCUACUUUACUUGUAGAAGUGACAUGGCCUCAACUGGUAAGAAGGAAACAAUACUUGAUACCAUAGUAUUCAUGGCAGACACAUGUGCGCCAAGUAUUGGUACUUGGCCAGCAAAAUCAUUGUGUAAUGACUUCCCUGAACAGAAUUUCCAAAAGUGGUAUGGACCUAAUUGUGAUAUCAUGUGCGAAAGUGCAACAGGUGUUGAUGACAAUGGAGUUUGUAUUUGUAAAGACGGUUACUACGGAGCUAAUUGCGAUGGAAUAUGUCCGGGAGGAACAGAUGAGCCGUGCAACAACAGAGGUAAAUGCAAUCAAACAACUGGAGCUUGUUCAUGUCAGUUUAACUGGAUGGGAUCUGAGUGUACCUCCUGUAAAACAGGUUUCUAUGGAGACAGUUGUGCAAUAAGUGUUCAAGACACUUCCUUCACCUCCGGUACCAAAAAUUACGCUAGUUUAUCAGGAAAUGGACAUCUUUCUACAUUAGAUGGAGCUAGUGUCCCAUUCAAACUGGACGGUUCCUUCACUUUUUACAAAGACUCCAGCAUUGAAAUUCAAACUCUCACUGGAUCCUGUAAGGAUUUCUCAUCCUGCAUUGGUAAAACUGCAAUCAAAGUCGGCUCUGAUGUCAUAGAAAUAUCACCUGCACAGACAGGCAAUAUAACCAUCAAUGGAAACCCUACAGAGGUCAUCACCGCACAGCCGAUCGGGUCCACAGGCUACACACUAGUGAGAGAUGCUACAAACAAACUCAAAAUCACAUCUUCGUCCGGGGACCUUGAGCUUGGCGUGACAACCAAUAACGGUUACAUCAACUUGAAUUUGGAGGUAGAAACUACAAAUUGUCAGUCUAGUACUGGCUAUGUAGGAUUCUGUCAGGACAGGAAUCAUGCCUGCUCCCCCACAGACCAUUUAUGUGUUGUAAAGGAUGUUGGUAUAGCAAAAGCGAGUAAAAGUUUGACUGAUUUCAAAUCAGAAGCAGUUAUUGAAUACUUUGAAGAAUCUAAAGUAGAUUCUGCAGACGUGCUGUUUGCCAAUGGGAUGGGAAGUGCUGGUUUUGCUGUAGAGAUUAGUGAGGAUGGCUUCCUUGCUACAGAACCACUUUCUAAUGACUCCUGGCCAGAGACUGGAACAUCAGAUUAUGUGAGCAUGGAGAUUCAGACAACACUUUCAAAUGUUAACGAGGCUGGAAGUAACGGCACGCUGAUUUCUUAUGGUGAAGAGGAGACAUUUGCAAUCACCAUAGUUAAUGGCUUUUUUGUAAUUCGGUAUGGAAGACUAUCAUUCAACACUUCUGUGAAAGUCCAGGAAGACGUCCCCAGUCAAGUGUCUGUGGUUUACAAUAAUGCAACGGGCAAGAUUUUAUUUAGCUACUUACACACUGAUCCACCCAAAGACAGAACUGAGUAUAUUUCAAAGCAAGUCUUCCUAGACAUACCCCCAGGAGCCAUAACACGGGAAGGUUCUCUAGCAGUAGGUGCUUGGAUGCCAACUAUGGGCGACGCCGGAACUCUACCCACUGGAACAUUUUCUGGAGUUAUUGAUAGUGUGCACUUGUUCAAUGAAGAAUUAUCACCGUCAGAGGUGUACAUUGAUUUCCAGACACCGGUAGACAGAUAUAGAGAAAACCUAGUCCUAGGAUUUGAGUUUGCAGAAGGAUCUGGAAAAAUAUCAACAGACUUUGUCAAUGAUGUUAAUAUCCAUAUCAGCGAAAAAGGAAUAAAUUGGGUAGAAUCAAAUACGACCUUAAUCAGCUCUGUCCCUAAAACUCUGGAGGUAGUUAGUACAGAAAACACAACACAAGACAUCAUCGACAUGUGUCAAAACCUAAUACUGUCAGGUCCUUUGGCCCAGGCAUGUUCAUCCAUGACCAACAGUUUACAGUCACACUUCCUGUCAUGCGUGGAUGACUACCAUUCAUCUGGCGACAUUUCUGCCACACUUGACAGCACUUUAGACAUGUCUGAAUUAUGUCAGAUAAAGCAAAACCUUGCGAACCCACCUGCACAGCAGCUCUGUGGGAUUUAUACCAACACAGAUGCAGAAUUCCCUCUCGGUAAGGGUCCCUCUUGUACCACAGAAUGUAAGUUCGGCUAUGUCAAUGAUACCACUGACCUGUGUGUGUGUUCCCCGGGUGCGUACGGUGACGCCUGUGACCAGGAAUGCACCGGUGGAUACUCAACACCUUGUAACAAGCACGGAAUCUGUGACAAGACAACAGGAAGUUGUAGCUGUGAGGAACACUGGAGUGGUAGUAGUGACUGUUCUACCUGUACCACAGGACUCACUGGGGAUAACUGUGACACGUUCAUCCCUGCAAUACCUGUAGGGGACCCUGUGUGCAUGACUCAAGGUGCAGGAGCAUACCUCAAUUUUACUGGUUACAACAACAAGAUCACCUCGACAGGGGCUACUGACCUUUAUGUGAUGGACAACCUGAGAGUUGUGGCCUUCUAUUCAGUAUUUAAGAAUGCUAGAGGACUUCUCCGAAUUCGUACAGAGAAAGUUGCACUAAAAGUCCACAACACGACUGUAGUAUUCCUAAUCAACACCACAGCAGUCGUAGCAGAGACUGAUAGCGAGCUUUGGAAUUCCAUUUAUAUCAACCAAGAAAAGGCAGAGGUAUCAAAAAAUAAUAAAAAGGAUAUGUUUGUCAACAACGGAGCCUGCAAUCUCCGGAUAAGAAAUCCAAAAAGUCGAAAAUAUGUCCUCCGACUGGACGACGUAGGUUUCCGAAUGAUUGUGAUGCCACGCAAAAACAACAUUCUGACAAUGAUCAAAAUUGAUGAGAACUAUUGUUGUAAUGCCAUAGAGCGGGGUAUUUGUGGAGAUUGUGAUGGCUGUCAAGAAUCAACGACAUGCGGAAUACGCAAUACGACCGCUGUAUAUGCGACGACGACAACAACAACGCCACCAACAACUACUGCUUAUCCCAUGGGGAGCAACACUCAGGCUACCAACACAGACUGUGUGUUUGAAGUUUCUGAUGCCGGGGCAUGUUCCAGUGGAGAAAACAUGGGUGGAGGAAACGCAGUGUGCUUCAAUGACUCCUCAGUUAUCGCCAAAAACUUGAAUGUGUUUAAUUCAAGUUUCAUUACUCUUGAAUUCUUAAUCAAGACCUGUGCCUCCCCAGAAUGCUACGGGACAAUCAUGUCUUUCACCAAAUAUGAGACAUUUACCAUCAAACACCUGGGAACUUUGGUCUUGGGAUAUGGCACCAAUGUUUAUGAUACUGGGUUGGAACUGGAGGAUGACGAAUGGAACCAGAUAUCUUUGGUUGUAGACAACAGAAAGAUCUGGAAGAGACUGUUUAUCUAUGUUUUUAACUCGUUGGGCAUGAUACAGUAUAAAACCAUGGUGUACAGUGGAGUUACUCCCUUCAUCAAUGAUGGUACCAUGGUACUCGGGCGCUGGCAGCCAUCUUCUGAAGGAGGCAGUGAACAGCCAUUUGGAGAACACUUUGUUGGAUGUAUAGACGAAAUGCGAAUUUGGAAUGCAUAUUUCUCUACCCUGGGCAUCCUCACCCACUGGAACAGAGCAUACGACCCUCUCCUCGAGGACAAUCUAGAAGUUCUCUGGAGAUUCAACAACGAAGCAGUUUCGGGACAAAAACUGAAGACCUACGAUGAGGAUAACACAUUCUACUUUGAAUCCCUACCCAAUCCAUUCCAAGGAGGGGAACUUGUGGAAUCAACAGCGCCAAUACCUUACUAUGUGUCGUCCUAUGAUGUGGUGGGGACUGAACGCAGAAGGAGGCGACGAGCUGUGUCGGUCAAUUACAACACCUUCUGUGAUCGUGUCUUCACUUCCACUGCAUUCUCCAGUAUCUGUGCCCCAGCUGGAACAUCUGUCCAGACCUACUAUCAGGGUCAGUGCUCCGGCUCCACAGACGAUGACGAACUGGAAGACGUUAUUCUGGACUACUCGACCUACUGUGAGAACAUCUUGUCUCUGAGUACCUGGCCUGGCUACACCCUUUGUAACGACACAGAUUUCAACACACUGUUUGGUGGUUACUGUAAUCCGGAGUGUUACUUUGGGACUAAAUCAGGCACAGUCUGCACCUGUCUGACUGGCUACUGGAACACAACAUGCGACACAGAAUGCCCUGGUGGGGCCUCUAAUCCAUGCUCAGGAUAUGGAACGUGUGAUAGCGUGACCGGUCUUUGCACCUGCCCUGUCAACUACCAGGGAGCAACAGACUGUUCUGUAUGCACAGCUGGAUGGAUCGGAUCUGACUGUGAAAUAUCUGAAAAUCUUGCCAUGGUGACAGAUACACGAAUUGCAUCCUCUAACCAACUUGGAUACAUUUACAACCUAGACGGGCUCGGUUUCCUUGUCAGAACCAUCGGAGAGUACGUUUUACUGAUGAUUAGCGACAACGUACUGAUAGAAGCUAAGAUGGUGAGCUGUUACCACAACUUCACCUGCACCACCUUCAUGUCUUUCAGGAUCGGUGAUGACACCAAUGGUUACAUGGUAGCCACCAUUCAAACACCAGUCGAGCCAUUCACAAAUCCCACUGUUUAUCUGAACAAUGCUCUCUAUUCAUUGGAUGAUCCAAUCUACUACCGCGGGUUUUCCAUGGAGAGAGUAACAGUCAACAGUUUAAAAUUUACAAUAAACAAUGACAUUGUCCUGUUGAUUCGAGUUCAGAGUCGGUACCUGACCCUCCAGGUUACCAUGCCCUCCAAUCUUCUUUCCGUCACCCAAGGGUUGCUGAGUGGUUCCGGAUCUUCAUUGAGCAGUGACAAGUUACAGCACCUACAACAGUCACAAAAUGCUGAGCUAGGAGUGUGUAACUCGGUGGCCAGUAUCCAAGCCUCCUCCGCUACACCGAUUGGGGGAUCCAGUAUCACCUGGUCUAGCGUGUCCAUCAACCGAACAGCCUCCUCAAACACUUUUACCGACAUCAACAGGUACGAAGUCCAGACAUGUGACAGGAUCAUCUACUAUCCUGAUCCUUCCUAUGAUUCACAGAAGAAUGGUGGAUACAGUCUGAAAUAUGAUAAAUCAAUUGCUGUGGCGGAGGUCAUUGAUUUCAACACACUUAUCGGAACGGACAUAACAUUCGAAUUUGUGGUCAAACUGUAUUCAACAAGUACCUAUGGCGGAGUAUUGUUUUCAUUUGUCAAUGAAAAGUCACUGGUUGUACAAAGCAGAGACACCAUUGAAAUAAUUUAUGACGGUACAACAUACACCUCCAAUUUGACUCUGGAGAGGGAUGUAUGGAUAAAGAUGGUGGUGGUGUACCAAGGAGCCAGUGGACAAUUUGAUAUUUACCAAUUCAACAGCACCGGAUUUGUAUACAGAUAUACAGACACACUUCCACUUGGAAUAUUCACCAACCCAGGAACUCUGUCCUUGGGACACUGGAUUCCUGCAAAACUGACCACACUACAAACUCAACCUGAGAGUCUUUCAGGCGAAUUGGACGAUUUCCUUGUAUGGAGAAUCAAAAUUGAGCCCAAUGUUAUUGUAGAUGUCUGGAGGAUGCAUCCACUUGAUGUAAGCCAUCUACUGCAUCUGAUGUGGACAUUUGAUGAAGGUUACGGCUCUACAUCAUAUGAUGGAUUACAGGGUAAAACAUUCACUUUGCCUACAGCGCCCUGGUCAGUACCAACAUGGGUGGCCUCAGACUUGGUGUAUGCAAGAUUAUCCUACCCCGGCAUCUCUGAUGUAUUUUAUUCCAGUAGUGCUCAGCAGUUACUUGGAGAAGAGAUAUGUACUGAAAUUACCAAUACUACAUCACAGUUGGGAGGAUUUUGCAGCGGCAUGACUGAUUCGACAAAACAGGUGUUUUACUUACAAUGUGUUCAUGCACUUACUGGUAGUAGAGAGAGCAUACCUGCGUACGACGUCGUUGUAUCUUACGCUGAGAUUUGUGACCAGACAUUGAACAUAACAACUGCUAAAGCAGCAAUCUGCAGCCAGCUGGACCAUGAUUCUAAGAUAAACACACUCUGUGAUACCAGUCAGUCCUGUUCCUUUGGAACUCCACUAUUGAAUGGAUCCUGUAUCUGUACAUCUGGUUACUAUGGUAAUACAUGCUCCAACCAAUGCCCCGUCAGUUCGUUCAACCCUUGCAAUAGUAGAGGAGUGUGUGAUACCUCGGGAUCAUGUACGUGCGACUGGAACUGGGGCGGAGCAGCCUCCUGCACAUCCUGUAGUACUGGUAUGCAAGGCCCUGACUGUCAGGUGCUGGUCACCUCAGCCCUAACUUCCAGUGGUAGUCCUGUUGCGUAUGUCAGCGGAUCAGGAGCGUUUAUGGGAUUCAAUGGUAAACAGGUGUCACUAGCAGAUUUGAACGGACUUUAUACAGCCUUCUCACAAGCAGGAAAGAUCGACAUCCAAGUGUACAAGGUAAGCUGCCACAUUGGUUCGUGUAUUGUGGCAGUUGGCAUUUCAACGUCCGAUGAUGAAGUUGUUAUCUUAUCCGGAGGGGCUGAUGCCAUGCCACUGGUUUAUGACAACAGUACAUUAGUGACCUUGACUACGCUAUUAACGGACCUGAGUCCAACUUUCAAAGUAGAGGUCAAGUCUCUUCGGACCGUAGAGCUGACAGUGAAAACACCAGAAACCACAACAAUAACUCUUCUGAUGCAGGACUAUACCAUCGACAUGACUAUUAAAACUGUGUCGGCCAUCUGCACAGGAAGCACUGGAAUAAUAGAAGCCUGUGGUACUAGCAGUGUCUACACCAGUAUGAACACCACCGACCUUGAGGCCCAUAUUAAUAACAAUUAUCAGACAACUUCAGGGCCGAUUGUCAACACACUAGGCUCUGGCAUAGUUGGAGAUGCAGGAUUUUCACUGUCUUUCAACAAAACUGCAGCUUCAACACAAGAGCUUCAAUAUGGUUCCAGUUACUCUCUCAGUGGAAGGAACUUCAGUGUCAGUGCUUACUACAAACCAAAUGCAGAGGGCGGUGUCAUCAUGUCUUAUGGCAGAAAUACAACAUUCGCUAUACUGAAUACCAACCCACUUUCUCUACAAUGUGGUACCAACAUUGUCGAAACCUCAGCAUCGUCAACCACUGGUUCUUGGAACCAACUCGUGCUAACGUUUGACACGAGUGCAAACACAGUUGACCUGUACCACUAUAGCACCAGUACAAGCAUCAUCUAUCAAACCUUAUCCUUCAGCUGCGCAAAUGUCUUCUCUGCUAAUGGAACGAUCGCUUUGGGCGCAUGGACACCUUCAGUGGACGACGCUAAGCACACAGUGAACGCCUCAUAUGAUGGCUACAUCGAUGAAGUAUCAAUCUGGAAAGAUAUGAUUCCCACCGAACUCAUCUUCCAGGCCCAGAGUUUGAACAUCAAAGUGUCUGGAUUUACCAGUGAGGUAUCAUCUGUAUAUAUGUUCUCUGCAGGAGUUGGAUACAACGUUUACGAUAGCAUCCAUGGUAACACCAUUGAUUUGCCAAGGUCACCGUGGCAGUCUCCCGCUUGGACGGUUUCUGACUUAUACCUGAGAACAAUAACGUAUAAUGAAGCAAUUGCUUCUACAACAACGCUUGCAACUGCAGAGCCUUUCUGUGCUCAGUUCUUUGGAUCUGGGACAGUUACCUCCAACUGCGCUGGAAUGUCUUCACAAAGUCUAUGGUGGUUCAAACAGAAGUGUAUUGACGUCGUUUCCACUACUGGAAAUUUCAGCUUAGGAAUCAUCCCAAUGGCAAGUUUCAUAUCUACUUGCACUGCCACUGGUGGAUCUGCGACCAAUCUGUACAGUGUUAUUGAUUCUUUGACCAAUGUUAACAUCCCUAGUUGGAUAACCAACGAGUAUCGGACAUGCUAUUUCGGCGUUUACACCAACAGUACCUGCAAAUGCAACUAUGGAUUCUACGGAGCUCAGUGUGACAGCACAUGUCCCAAUGGCUAUAUCAACCCUUGCAAUGGCUUUGGUAGUUGUGACACUGGCGGAACAUGCCAGUGUAGUGGCCAUUUCACUGGAUCAACUUGUGAUAGUUGUGCAACAGGAUGGGGUGGAGAGGAAUGUAUCCUGCUAUCUACAGGACAAACAACCAGCCAAGCAACGCUGGUAGCACAGGGAACUACAAUGGGCCAGGUUGUGUCACUGGAUGGAACAGCAUUUGACAUCACCAGCACCGGAAUCUACAACCUUCUCAAUGAUGCUGCUGUCGGGAAAGCCUUUUACGGUUAUUUCGCUCAAUGUGAUUCAUCAGCAUCCAGUUUUGGCUCUCUUUGCAUGAAUGGAUUAGGAAUAGAACAUGCCUCAGUCUACUACGGUAUCAAAACGGACAGUUUCCAAUCCACCAAACUUGUAGUGUACACCAACAGUCUACCUAUUAACGUGUACACUUCCCAAACAAUCGGUACGAUGAUUAUAACACUUGUUACAUCUACCCGUGCCGAAAUCGAAUUCACAGAUCUUCAAUUCAGCGUAAAAGUAUCCCUCAUUAGCGACCGUCUUUUGACGACAAUCUCUGUCGAACAACAGACCUGGGUAUUACAUUCUAACGACUUAAGUGGACUUUUGUCAUCAUGCAACACCACAGAAUCUAUCAUACUGGAUACAUGUGGGGUGACCAGAUCUCAGAUAUGCAGUGGCACUGCAGGAUUUACAUCAGCAUCUGGUUGUGCUUCUUCACUUACGACGGCAGCUUUGUCUACCUUUGCCAAAAAGUUCACUACCAAUGACACGACUAUCAGCAGUAUGAUGAGCAGCACUAUUUCUACCGAUUCCAACUGUCUUCUUUACAGUGGCAAUGGUAACAGUGUGGAGGGAUUACUUUUACCCACGUCAUACAUGACACUGGAGUUUUAUGUUAAACCUACAGCAGUUGGCGGGGUCAUCCUCGCCUAUGGGGUCAAUGGAAACACUUUCCUCUUGGCAGAUUCCAGUGCUGGAUUGAAGAUACAAGUUCAGAGUGCAGUGUACCCAACAACCCUGAACCUGGAACUCAAUGUCUGGAACCAGAUCAGUCUGGCAUACAGACCAACUGUUGGAAUGCUAGAGGUCUACCUGAUUGACAAUGCCGGUGUGUCUGAUGUAAAGGCUGUGUCUGUCGACUCCUCCGUUCUAGCCUCGGGAGGAACGCUGACAUUUGGGCAAUUAGGCACUGGUAUGUCCACUACGCUUGCAGGUUCAUACACUGGAUAUAUCGACGAAGUGAGGAUAUGGGAUCGAGUUCAUAACCCUACGGUGGUAGCGAAUAACCCCAAAAUGACAGUUUCAACAAAAUCGCCAGACCUCUCGCAUGCUUGGUCAUUCAAUGAUGGAACGGGUAUAAAAGCAUAUGAAUUAAAGCAGAACCAACACAUAUAUGCUUUAGAUAUUGCAAACCCACCAGUUUGGGUAGAAUCAGAUCUUGACUUAACUGAGGAUCCUUCCAUCUCACUCCCAGAUUAUACAACAACUUCACCACAGGCAACUGUCUCAACGGCAAUCUGUAAUACACUGAUACAAAGUUCAGCAAUGACAACUGCAUGUCCAGGACUCACCGAUUUAUUAACGUCUGCCCUUGAACAGUGCCAAGCACUCGUAACAGCUACUGGAGACCAGACUGCAGCUGAAACAGUUGCACUUAAUACAGCCGAGUUAUGCCAGGUAGCCAACAAUUUAACUCAGUCUCCGCUUGAAACCUUAUGCGCUUCUUUCAGUAGUAAUACCAACUACCUGGUGUCCUACGGAGCUGGAUGCUCCUCACAGUGUAUGUUCGGAUCGACCAGUUCUGGAUCCUGUGUGUGUGACUCGAGCCACUAUGGUACCAGUUGUGCAGACACGUGUCCUCUCGGGGAUUCUGGAGCUUGUAACGGACAUGGAACUUGUGGUUCAAGUGGUAGUUGUGUGUGCACCUAUCGCUUCCUUGGUAGCACUACCAGGACAUCUGCUUACUGGGAAGGACAAAACACUAAUACAGUAGUGUCGGGAACUUCUCCAUCUUGCUCGCUAUGUUCCAAUGGAUGGGCAGGCAAAGAAUGCACACUAGCCGUAGAAGCAGCCAGUGCCACAGCAGCAAACCGUAUCGGAUUUAUCUACGGUCCUUAUAUAACAACACUGGACGGGGCAUCGUACCACAUAAACUCUGUUGGAGUUUACAGAGCCCUUACUUUAGCAGGAGUAGACGUACAGAUUCUGUUUAAUCCCUGUCCAGGAGACAUCAAGUGCAGAGAGGUGAAGGAGAUUGCCUUUGGAAGUUCGGUCAGUAUCACGAUCAACAAUGGCACAAUGGCACCAAAGGUUGGAGGAGCCCUGCAAGUAUUCCCCACCACAACAAGUCAUGGAAGCGUUUCACUGAAAUGGGUUAAUGAAUAUUACAUCAGAGUAUCUGUCGGAAGCAGCAGCGCUGUUGUCUCCUAUAGCAGCAUAGGCCUCAUAUGCAGGUUCAAAGUAAGCUCAUCAGACGCAACCACGAAUACAGGACUUUUGGGUAACAGUGAUGGCUUAUGGUGGAAAGACUUUCUAUCUAGUACUGAUAGUGCCAUAACUAACGUAACCGUAGCGGAAAGUCUUUUAACUAAGACGUAUAUUGGAACGGCAUCAAAAACUAAAGCAGGAGAAACAACACUCACUCCUACAGUUCUGGAUCCAGCGUACGAGGUGAACAUAACAACAGCAGGGUAUAUCAUGCAUGUCACUGACCAGACAAUAGCGUUUACUUCUGUGCACACCACAUCAGAUAUCGCUUCUCUAACAAUAAGUUUCUGGCUUCGUGUGGAAUCCCAUUCAUCUAGCAGUCACAGUGUGAUAGUAUGCGGCACUGGAACUCACGACCUGGAAAUAGUUUUAUUGAAUGGAAAUAUCCGAGUGAUAUGGCAGAAUACAUCCAUUGCCGAUUCAAUCACAGUAACCAUCAACACAUGGACAUACGUCGCUUUGGUCUGGCAGUCGACAGACGGAAGUAUGAUGGUGUACUCUAUAUGCAACAACGCUCUACAGUACAAAGCCUUCAGUAACGUUCAUCUGGGCAAUAGCGUGAACAUGGAUAGUGUAUCAAUCAUAGGAAACUCCUUAUCAUUCGUAGACGUGGAAAAUCUGAAAAUGUGGAAUAGGGUCAAAACAAUUCAAGAACUGAUAUUAGAUAUGGAGAAGUACCAAAGCUCAGACCUUGAUACGAAUGGCUUAUUGGUCCUAGCACAGUUUGACGAGGGUGUUGGAGCUAACACAGCUAUGUCGUACUAUCCACCAGCAGGAACGACAAGCGUUGUCUCUGGAACCAUAUCAGGCGGGUCAACAUCUAGUGUGUGGAUGCCAUCAUCCGCUCCCAUCGCGAGCUUUUAUCCUGCCUUGGACAUCAAAUCUAAUAUUCAGGACAAUGACACAAUGAACAGCUGCUUAACAGCUUUAUCUGACCCUCUGAUUUCAAUGCAUUGUACCGGUGUUGACAACUUGAAGGACUUCUUGGUGGAAGUUUGUAUAAAUGAAUACAGUAAACUCAGUAAUUUGACAACGAAUGAGACUAUCCUAUACAACCUGAUCUUCUACUGCCAGGGAACAUUUGAUGUCAGUGAGUGUGAACUGGAUGGUUACUUUGACUACUGUACAGAGGAGACCACGGAGGACGUUGCUAGUAUGCUGAUCAUAAUUAUUGCAGGAGCAUGCGGAUUUAUCCUGAUCCUCCUUAUCAUCAUAAUAAUCAUCUGUAUAAAGAAGAAAAAGAAGAAGAAUUCAAAUGUCAAUGACAAGUCAGAUGAAGAUCAUGAAAAUGAAGGGUUCGACUGUACAUCAGACUACAUCGGAAUUGGAGGCAUUUCCAGUGGCGCCAACUUCUACCCCAGCCAAGCGCCCACAGGCACUGAACGACGCUUCAGUAGGCAGCACUCCAUGACCUCGAUUUCAACUUCUGCUUCUGCCUCCUCUAUCAUGUUUGGAGAACAAUUUGGGCAGUUAGACUAUGACGGUAGACCUCCAACAGGCCUCAGUGAUCUGUUCCACCCUGACCCACGUAAGAGUUUCAGUCCAACUCCAUCAGUCGAUGGGAGACGUGGCUCCUCCAUAACUGUUGUUAGUGCGGAUAAUGGCUCUGGAAUGCAAACUAGUUCGUUCAUGCUCCCAAAACCACCGAAGAAAUCCUCUGCAAUUCGUCCUGAUAGAGUAAACAGAAGUGCUAGUAAAUUAUCAAACAGUCGCCCUAGUUCAACAGCGAAAACACCAGUUCCGAAAAUUUUACCAGAGGAUCUCCUGGAAAGUAUGGCUUCGCCAAGUAGUCCUCCGCCCAUCCCAGAAACACCAGAUCUUAUGUCGUUUCCAGAAAACGGCACUGAGACUCCAACCCCAUUUUUAAGAGGGCCUCCUGGAGAGUUUAUGAUGAGUGCAGAAAAAGAUCCGUUUAAAAAUCUGCCUGAAAAUCCAAUGCUGGUUAUGCAACAACAGAAAUUCAUGGAUGAUGACAACAACAUUCCCGCAAUGUCGACCCUCUUUUCUAAGAAACCUAAGUUACCUGUGAAUCGCAUGCCGAAAGCAAAUGCACCGAAACCUACUUUUAACAAGUCUGUUAGCAGUGUCAGUAAUACCAGCACAAAGGACGCACCUAAGCCAAAAAGUGGAGCAACCCCUCCAGCUAGUGUGGCUUCACCACCAGCUAAACCGCCAUCUAAACCAAUGGUUUCUAACACGGCGGCACUCCCGUCAGGCUUUUUCGGGGGCAAAGAAACACCGCCAGCUCCAAAACCUCCUAAGAAACCCGAAAUCGAGGAUUGUGAAGAGGAACCAGAACCCGAGGGUCCAGUAGAUCGACGCCCAGGUCAUUUUCUCAGCGGACCAGAACCAACCAAUCUCGGGAAAUUUUCUGUCAAUCCCUUCGCUAAAAAGUGACACAAAUGUUAAAUGUAAUUUGUUUCCUUCACUGGUUCCAAGACGUCAACCACAUUAACAAUGAAAACAAUCUUAUAAUUGUUUCUUAAUAUGACUAUUUCAUCAUGUAUUGCAUUCCAAAGUACCAAUGACUUUCGGAUAAAUUUCCGACUAUAUAAAAUGUUAUUAACAAUAUUGAGAAUAAAAGUGUCAGAGCAAACAACAUGUUUGAUCUAAAUGGCAUUCCAGCUAAUACUAAUUUUACAAAUAGUAUUAUUUUCCCUUAUAUUGGUGAAAAAAGAUGAUUCGAGUACAUAAUACCAGUGAAUAUUGAUUACAGAAAGAAUUUGUUCAAAAUUUGUUAUUUAAUGUUUUGUUUAUUCUGUUUUUAUUACUUAUUGUGAUUGUAAAUAGUUAAUAAUCAAAAUGUGUGAUACGCUUUUUAUCAUUAUUCAAAUAUUAUUUUCUACAAUCUUUACAUAAAGUAUAAUUUUAGAACUAUUUACAGAACUAUGUAUCAUAAUAAUGUAAUUUUAUGCAUGUAUGUCUGUUGUGAUAUUCAAUAUAUUUUUCUGAUAAGAUAAACCUUUUGCACAUUGUUUCACAUUCACUUGUAUUCAAGAAAACUAUUUAGAAAUAUGUUCCAUACAUAACAUGUUUAAGUAUGAUUGAUUAUGAUUUCAUUUAAGAUUCUAUUUUGUAUUUUUGUUCGACCUUUUCUGUCUCUCACAGUAUUUUACACGUUUCCUGUUUCUUUGAUUCCCUCCAUCGACGUCUGUGAUCAAAAGUCAUAUAUAAUGUCUAUCUGUCAUAUGUAUAAUUCCUACUAUAUAAAAUAGUGUCUUGAUUGAUUGUUACAGCAAUGAUCUCCUGAGACAUGAAUGGUUUGUAGUCAAACAAAUGUUGACACUAAAGAUCUACCCUUCUGAGCUUUAAAUCAUGGUUAAGUUUCGUUUCGGUAUGGUUUAAGAUAUUUAACUUGAAUUCAACAAAGUAAGAUCAAUUUGAAAAGAAAGCAUGCAGCAGAAAAUACGUAAUGAUUGUAGAUAUUUCAUACUGAGUUUUAGCAGUUAAAAUGUACCGAUUCAGCAGCCAUUUUGAAAAUCCCCCCAAAAAUGUAUUUCCUGCACUCUACUUGGUACCAAAGUUUCAGUUUUUUAACGUGGAAUAUUUCACUAAAAUUGAUAUUGUAUCGUCAUUUUCUUUGUUCUUUUGGAUUUUCCCAUUUUCUCUUCUCAAAAUAGGGAGGGGCUCAUAAAUGUUUGACAGCAAAACAAACCCAUUUUUUCAUAAGAGCAGAUUAUUAACGAAACUCACAGCCGUCGAUGGGCCGUUAAACAUAAACAAACAAACAAACAAAUAUUAACGAAACUAGUUUAAAGUGAUAAUGGUUUAAUAAGAUUAUGUCAUUCAUGAAAGAAAGUGUUUUAUUUUAUUUUAUAUUAUGUCAUCUAUAAAAAGAGUCAAAAUUUAUUAUUAGGUAAAUUGAUAUCAAUUUGAAAAGUAGACCAUCAUCGAACAGAUUUUGAAAGAAAUUUAAAAAGAUUGUGUCAUUCAUGGAAGAGUAUAUUUCCGUUUAUAUAUAUUUCUGUUUAUUAACAUCAUUUCAAUAUACAAUUUUUUUUAUGUUUUUACUUAUCGACUCAAAUCAAAUUAAUUCUAAAAAAAAUAUCUUGUGCUGUUCAAAUUCAUCUUCUUCUUUUUAUGAUAUAAGUGAUCAUUAUGUUUCGGGAGAUAUUGCGAUCUGUACAUUUUCCAUGUGAUUUUGUUAUGUCUGUUUAUUACAUGUUACAAAACACUUUGUUACUGUUUACUUGAGCACACAUUCUUACGACAUGUGUCUUUGUAAUUAAGAUUAAAUAAAUUUAGUAUCACUUA